CACAGGUGGCGACUGACAAGGUUGCAGGCAAGCUGAGUUCUACUCUCUCAUGGGUGAAGAAUUCCGUGUCACACACGGUCAGUCAGAUGGCUAGCCAGGUGGCCACCUCGUCUAGCCAGGUGGCAACGGUGCCCUCGUCCCUGCAGACCACCACAGCCACCUCCUCCUCCCCGUCCCCCACGUCGGCAUCGCCCGCUAAGCUCAGCCCAGAUGAACUGGAGCUGCUCGCCAAGCUGGAGGAGCAGAACAGGUGAGCACCAACUAUGAAUUAAUACAUUAAUUAAUCAAUGAAUCAAUCAAUCAAUCAAGCUCUGUCAACAUAUGAAUACAUUUUUGUUCCCUUUCCUCUUUUCAUGUACAACAUUUGCACUGAUUAGACCAGUGACAAAGGCAGUUUUUAUAUCAAUCUUAAUUGUUUAGCAAUGGAAUAACAGCGACAACAGUGACUAACAGUGACAGUGGCUACAAAGGCAUUUUCACAGGGAUCUAAGUAAAAGUAGGCCUACAGCCACACUGUCUGUCCCUGAAGUGUUCAUUAGCUGAAACAAGACGAGUGCAUUUGGACUCAACACACCCCACUGCCACUGCUGCCCCCUCCACUCUCCCCCUUUCUCUCCCUCCUGUGGCUCUCAACCUGCUUUUAUAAGCAGUCUGAGUGUUGACAUGGAAACGAGGAGGCCGGAGAAGUGCAGCAGGGGACUCGCUGAGAUGGGCCCUGGUCAAAGGUAGUGCACUAUAAAGGGAAUAGGUUGCCAUUUGGGACGACGACUCAGUACGGCAAUCUCAAGUGAAGAAGACUGCAGUCAGAGCCCUGUGAGAUGUGGGUGAACUGAUCUGUCUGAAGUGUGAGAGCGAUGCUCGUGGGGUUGAGAUGAUGAGCUGUAGUAGUAGGACACAUGUUGCAGUUAGUAAAGCUAAUACUGGCUGAACUUUCUGCACAGUCUGCUGUGUGGGAGAAGCAGAAGUGAGAAUUAUAUUUGAAUAGGUCUGUUUUCCCUAUGCUUUAUAAAGCUUGUCAAUUUGCAAGGCUCUACAGUGCGAGCAUAAAGUACCACAGUAUGAGUCAUACUACUCAUAAACCUAGCGGUCAAACAAGGAAAUGGUUCCAAUCGUUUUUCCACUUCAUUUUUCCCCAUAGGGGAUUUUAGAAACACUUAAGAUAAGGGCUGUGUUUCGUGUAUGCUUACUCUGGCGUGACGUUUUGAUAACCGUGUAAAUCUCUCUAGGACAAGGUGACCUUUGCGAAUAAAAAUAGUCAAGUCAAGUAUGAGCAUGUGCGAGUUGGGGCUAGAAAAAGUCUGCAGUAACUGUUUUCAAAGUAUUUCUGCUGUUUUGAUUCAUAGCUGCUAAUUGUACAAAUAUAUACGAAUCCUAUAAAGUUUAUUAAAGGCCCUGCCUAUCCUGUGACUGACAAAAAUACCUCAUCUGCCACAGCUCACAAAGACCCUCAUCCUCAUGUCACCCCGAUAAAGAGAGCUCAUCCCGGGACAUUUAGAGCUCUUGUUGCCCCCUUAGAAAAGGCAGUGUUAGGGGUAGGAGGUACAGUCUUGAGGAUCAUCGUGACUGGGGUUUGAAAAUGACUUGUCUACAAAAAUGUUACAUAUUUUUAUCAGAGUUUACAACGUUUGAUAAGCUUAAUCGACUCCCAUAGAAAAGUGGUAUCCUCCGAACCAACACUGUGUCUUUGAAGAAGUUAGAGAAAGUACACAUUCACUGCAGGAAGAAUCUUUCAACAAAAGAAACAACAAAAAAACUGUUGUAUGAUAUCACACUGAUGUUGAUGUUGAAAUUCCUUGUUUCUCCCCUUUUUAAAUACCAAAAUGAAAACGGAUGAGAACAAGAUUUUUCUAUCUUAGUUUUAUGUUUAGGCCUAGUUAUCCUCUCUUUAUGACUGAGCAGGAAGACACUGAUCUGCAGGUGCAGCAAAAAGUAGGUUAUUAUACAUCUGUGAGCGCCGAGGGAGAACUUGUGUACUUUGAGAUCAAUGCAGUAUCAUAGAUACUAAUGUAAUGCAACACACACACACACGCACGCACACACACACACACAGAGAGAAGGGGAAGGCCUUUGUACUGUGUAAGUUGAUAAGACAUUUGAGUUUGAGAGAGACGAGUCCCAGACUCAGUUCAGCCAGUUCAUUAGGCAAAGGCUGGUAGCUUCUCUGGAUCUUCUAACUACACACCAAAGACAUGAAGACGGCACCAUGAGUUUAUCCUGGUAAGCAGCACGAGGAUCCUAGCUUCUCCUUCUAGAUGCCAUGGCUCUCUUCUCAUUACCGAGAGGCCAUAACUGAGGACAAAGUCUAACUGACAUGGAUUAUUUGGCAACAAACCACAUCGUCAGAGCAACUCGUUUAAAUAGUUCCUUUGUAUCCUCUGUUGUUCCUCCAAGGAAUCUCUGUGAUUUUCUUCUCUUACUCUGGGUAUGCCAAAUGUAAUUGAGACUGUACUGGAUCUUUUCAGUAAAUAAAAAUGGUUUGAUGUAUUUUGUUUUGAGCCAUCUGUGAGAACACAGCAUGGAAUGUUUUGUCUACUGGUGAAUUAUUAGCUGAGGAUCAAUGACUAGGCUACAUUGGGAAUUCAGGUUUUCUGUCUGUCACAGUGUGUGCCCAGAAUGAACAGUGUAUCAACAUUUGGAAUAUAUUUCUGAAAAUGACAUAGUAUGAUGAAAUCUACCAAGGAGAGAGGAACAUAUUAAUAUGUGGACGGUUAGUACUUAAUCCAUGGUUGAAAUUGAUUGUUCUUUCCAUAUUCUUUGAUUAGGCCUAGGCUACAUUUGUUGGUUUAGGCCUACAACUCAUAUAGACUUUUUAGGUUAGAGGAAAGUUAAUCGUUACAGGCCAGUGACUAACCUUAUUAAUGACCUCAACAUUCCCUACCCUUCCUGCUUCCACACAGCCUCUUAAGAGCACACUCAGUGUUAUCUUGUAUGUUUGCUAGAAGCCAUAGGCUGCUACUGCAACUUCUUGUCCUGUUAGGAUGGCUAAAGCCUAUAUCUUAGUAGUGUAUUCCCUCACAUCCCAUUAUAGCUGUGAUGACAUUGGGCUCUGCAUUUAGCAACAGCAUUGUCACUUUUUUAGGCCUCUCAUGAUACAUGGUCUGGUAUCUAGCCUACUGCUUUCUAGAUCAGUUGCCAUUGAAAGCAAAGCUCUGUGUUAAUUAAGCAAGCAGCUAUCACUGUUUAAAUGAUUCCCACAACACAAUAUUAUUCAUCUGCAAUAUUUACUACCUUUCCCAAUAUGUUGAAUGUAUGUCCUAACUGUAAAACCCUUGCUGGUGCUGUUCUAGCUGUCCCUGUAACCCAGGCCUACCCUGGCCCCCUUCCUCCUGACCCAAAUAUGGCUGUAACCCUACCCAGUCUGGGAGCACUCCCAGUGAUGUCACCCUGGAGCCAAGAGGCCCAGGCCCUUGUCUUCUUCCGAGAUCAGGUUUCUGAGCCUUUGUGUCCCAGCAUUGGCCAUAGCCUCUUCCCAAAUGGCACCCUAUUCCCUAUGAAGUGCACUACUUUUGACCAGGACUACAUAGGGAAUAGGUUGCCAUUUGGGACAUAACUAUGGGCUCGUCAGCACUGCACUGUAUAGGUUGGGAGGCAUGGUUCCCUCUCACAGCCAUGGGUCCUGUUCAUAUGGCAGAAAACAGACUGAUACAAGGUCAGUCUGCUGUGAACUUAUACAUACUCCUGCAGCUUAUUCUCACUAACCCACUUUUAGGUAUGUUUUCAAUCAAAUAGAUGAGACCAGAUGCCAUGCAGUUAUUUAGGCUGCUUUGUAUUGACCCACAUUACUGUUGACGUGUUAUGGCUUUUUUUAAGGGGUCAUGUUUUGGGUUUAGUACAAAUGUAGGAUCUCAUUGAAGUAAUAGGUAAACAACUGUCUACGUCCACUUUGCUUUCUGUCACUUGGGACACUUGGGACGUUAAUGCAAGUUAAAGGUUCCAUGAAAUAUCAGUCUGACUGAAAAACGUGUUUGGAGUGGACUGUAAAAAUACAGUAGUGACCCUGAUGUAGAUUGAUCAUGAUGGUUGUUCAAGGCUUUACUAUCCAUGUUCAUUACAUUUUUGUUUGAGGAAACUGAAACAGAAGUGCUGUGAAAGGAUGUGUUGUUCUGCCAACGUUUUUAAGAGAUGCACUUUGUCCCUAGUACUGUCUGUAACCCAAUUGACCCUACAUCUAGGGCUCAGAGCUGUGGCGGCAGCAGGCUUUUCUCCCAUCGUCACUGGGGCUGCUGUUGCAGUGGGCUCUCCUUGGCUAUGGCUCUGUCAUAAAGCUGUAAUACAUCUCACUGCAAAUUCUUCCUUCUUGAAUGAGCUUUUCCAUUUUUAGCACUGCGCUAGAAUUUAGUGGCUUCACCGUCUACCAGUGCCAGCACGAUUUGGAUAAAUGUUCAGCAUCUGUUAUUGGGCUACUUGCCUCAAGCAUUUACCCACAGUGUAAAGUAAACACACACUGCUUUCACUGCCCAAAUCAAUGUGUUUCUGAUCCUUUCUACUGUAAACAGUGACUAUAUGUAUUGACACUAAUGAAACGUUUCAGAUUGACAGGUUCCGUGUGUUUGUUCUUUACAUAAAAUUAUCUAUAUCUGUCGUCCAUAAUGUAAUUUGAGCUGCCUUCAUUUCCGAACAUAAAAUGAAAUGUUCUCUCAUUCAGUCCGAACUCCCAACAUAAUGUCUCUCAUUGGAGAUGGUGUAUGCCUGAGUAGAAUGGUUAUGUUGGUUGUGUUUGUCUCUUUAGGUUGCUGGAGACGGACAGUAAGUCACUCCGCUCUGUGAACGGCUCCAGGAGGAACAGCGUCUCCAGCCUGGUGUCCAGCUCCUCUGCCUCCUCCAACCUGUCUCACCUGGAGGAGGACUCUUGGAUUCUCUGGGGACGCAUCGUUAACGAGUGGGAGGACGUCCGCAAGAAGAAUGAGAAGCAGCUCAAGGUGAGUAGUCUCGUGCACCAGACACUUCUGUAAGAGUCAGAGGCAACUCUCUGGAAGAGCCAGUCUCAAUUCACUCCCAACCCCUUGGACCUAACCCCUUCCCCUGUGCCCUAACCAUAACCCCUUCCCCUGUGCCCUAACCAUAACCCCUUCCCCUUGGCCCUACCCCUUCACCCUUCCCAUUGGCCCUAAACCUAACCCCUUCCCCUUAGCCCUACCCCUUCACCCUUCCCCUUGGCCCUAACCCCUUCCCCUUGGCCCUAAACAUAUAGGUGAGAGACUAUGGGUGAAUCUCAAUAAUCUGUGCUUGAUUCCUCUCGUCCUCGCCUGAAUACUUCAGAGUAAAGCAAGAAGAGCAUUGGCGGAGAAGAUACAAGGUUCCUAUGUUCGCUUACUAGCUAGCUACAAGUUGCACAAAUAUUUGUAAUCAUUGAAGUUAGUGAAUACAUUCUGUACAGUACAGCAGUCUCUCUGUUUCCUGGUGUUAAUACUAAACUCAGCAAAAAAAGAAACGUCCCUUUUUCAGGACCCUGUCUUUCGAAGAUAAUUCGUAAAAAUCCAAAUAACUUCACAGAUCUUCAUUGUAAAGGGUUUAAACACUGUUUCCCAUGCUUGUUCAAUUAACCAUAAACAAUUAAUGAACAUGCACCUGUGGAACGGUCGUUAAGACACUAACAGCUUACAGACGGUAGGCAAUUAAGUUCACAGUUAUGAAAACGUAGGACACUAAAGAGGCCUUUCUACUGACAAAAGAAAGAUGCCCAGGGUCCCUGCUCAUCUGCGUGAACGUGCCUUAGGCAUGCUGCAAGUAGGCAUGAGGACUGCAGAUGUGGCCAGGGCAAUAAAUUGCAAUGUCCGUACUGUGAGACGCCUAAGACAGCGCUACAGGGAGACAGGACGGACAGCUGAUCGUCCUCGCAGUGGCAGACCACGGUGUAACAACACCUGCACAGGAUCGGUAUAUCCGAACAUCACACCUGCGGGACAGGUACAGGGUGGCAACAACAAUUGCCCGAGUUACACCAGGAACGCACAAUCCCUCCAUCAGUGCUCAGACUGUCCGCAAUAGCCUGAGAGAGGCUGGACUGAGGGCUUGUAGGCCUGUUGGAAGGCAGGUCCUCACCAGAUAUCACCGGCAACAACGUCGCCUAUGUGCACAAACCCACCGUCACUGGACCAGACAGGACUGGCAAAAAGUGCUCUCACCAGGGGUGAUGGUCGGAUUCGCGUUUAUCGUCGAAGGAAUGAGCGUUAAACCGAGGCCUGUACUCUGGAGCGGGAUCGAUUUGGAGGUGGAGGGUCCGUCAUUGUCUGGGGCGAUGUGUCACAGCAUCAUUGGACUGAGCUUGUUGUCAUUGCAGGCAAUCUCAACGCUGUGCGUUACAGGGAAGACAUCCUCCUCCCUCAUGUGGUACCCUUCCUGCAGGCUCAUCCUGACAUGACCCUCCAGCAUGACAAUGCCACCAGCCAUACUGCUCGUUCUGUGCGUGAUUUCCUGCAAGACAGGAAUGUCAGUGUUCUGCCAUGGCCAGCGAAGAGCCCGGAUCUCAAUCCCAUUGAGCAUGUCUGGGACCUGUUGGAUCGGAGGGUGAGGGCUAGGGCCAUUCCCCCCAGAAAUGUCCGGGAACUUGCAGGUGCCUUGGUGGAAGAGUGGGGUAACAUCUCACAGCAAGAACUGGCAAAUCUGGUGCAGUCCAUGAGGAGGAGAUGCACUGCAGUACUUAAUGCAGCUGGUGGCCACACCAGAUACUGACUGUUACUUUUGAUGUCUCUCACUGACCCUUACUGUUGUUGUCUUGAAUUUACUAUGUGAGUUCUGGUCUAAAUGUAGUCCUGUUAGUGCUCACUGCCAACUGAUUGUGUCUCUCUGGUCGCACAGGGGAAAGUCUGAUUACCCAUGUCAAUGACGUGUCCCUUUUUAUAAUACAUCUGGAUGGUUUCCAGGACCAAGCGUAAACCUGGUCACAGACAAAAAAGCAUGCAAUGUACAGGACUAGGCUUAAUCUGGGUCCAGGAAAUGAGCCCUUAAUGCACAGUUGUAAAUUGGAGGUGCUGUUAUGCAUUAGUUUUGCAUUGUAUGUUAAAGUGGUGGAGAACCUUGCACUGGGCCUCGGCUACAUGACUAGGGGCUGUUACGGUGACCGUAUUACCACAACACAGGCGGUCAUGAGUCAUGAAGGCAGUCAAAUUCCACAUGACCGUUUAGUCACGGUAAUUAGGCUUCUCCAAGCUCUGAAGCUGCUGAUGGUCAUUAGUAGCCUACCAAACUUGCCAACUGCCUGGUACUCUGCACUCUAUUGUCCCUCUAAUCACUCUGACAUCAAUGCAAAUGUAUUUGAAAAUCUAAUCAAACACUUCAUGAGAGCCCAUGAGCUCAUGUUGCGCAACAUUUAUAUAGGCUAUGCAAUUAUGUGAGAAAACAGAGUGAUGGUCUCUAUUAAAAAGAGGUUCUCAUCAGCUUUCUAUAGGCUAGGCCUACUAUAUUUAUGGGCGGCAGGUAGCUUAGUGGUUAAAUCAAAUCAAAUCAAAUCAAAUUUUAUUGGUCACAUGCGCCGAAUACAACAGGUGCAGACAUUACAGUGAAAUGCUUACUUACAGCCCUUAACCAACAGUGCAUUUAUUUUAAACAAAAAAGUAAGAAUAAAACAACAACAAAAAAGUGUUGAGAAAAAAAGAGCAGAAGUAAAAAAUAAAGUGACAGUAGGGAGGCUAUAUAUACAAUAGAAUAAAGUGACAGUAGGGAGGCUAUAUAUACAGGGGGGUACCGUUGCAUAGUCAAUGUGCGGGGGCACCGGCUAGUUGAGGUAGUUGAGGUAAUAUGUACAUGUGGGUAGAGUUAAAGUGACUAUGCAUAAAUACUUAACAGAGUAGCAGCAGCGUAAAAAGGAUGGGGUGGGGGGGCAGUGCAAAUAGUCCGGGUAGCCAUGAUUAGCUGUUCAGGAGUCUUAUGGCUUGGGGGUAGAAGCUGUUGAGAAGUCUUUUGGACCUAGACUUGGCACUCCGGUACCGCUUGCCGUGCGGUAGCAGAGAGAACAGUCUAUGACUAGGGUGACUGGAGUCUUUGACAAUUUUGAGGGCCUUCCUCUGACACCGCCUGGUAUAGAGGUCCUGGAUGGCAGGGAGCUUUGCCCCAGUGAUGUACUGGGCCGUACGCACUACCCUCUGUAGUGCCUUGCGGUCAGAGGCCAAGCAGUUGCCAUACCAGGCGGUGAUGCAACCAGUCAGGAUGCUCUCGAUGGUGCAGCUGUAGAAUUUUUUGAGGAUCUGAGGACCCAUGCCAAAUCUUUUUAGUCUCCUGAGGGGGAAUAGGCUUUGUCGUGCCCUCUUCACGACUGUCUUGGUGUGUUUGGACCAUGAUAGUUCGUUGGUGAUGUGGAUAAGAGCGUUGUGCCAGUAACCGAAAGGUCGCUGGUUCUAAUCCCAGAGCCGACUAGGUGAAAAAAAUCUGUCGACGUGCCCUUGAGCAAGGCACUAAACCCUAAUUGCUCCUGUAAGUCGCUCUGGAUAAGAGCGUCUGCUAAAUGACAAAAAAAUAAAAAUAUUUUCUCUACAUUCCUAAUAUUAACCACAUUGCUUCUCUUUACAACAGGAGUAUAUCCUACCUGGCUGGCAUGAAAAUGAACCACGGGAAAAGCGUCCUCCAUUAGCUAUUUAAGUGCAUAGAUUACAUGUAUUUUUUCCCCUGCCCCUGUUUGAGACAGGUGGAAGAUAAUGGUCCAUUCUAAGUCAAAACAAUUUUCACACAUAUAUUAUUUAGUAUAUAUAAUGAUAAGAUUAAAUCAAGAAUAGUCUGAUGGGUGACAAUAUUAGCCUAUCACUUGUGAAUUAUGCCCAGCGUAAGGCAAGAAACAAUGCCUUUUUUUGCAACUUUUUCUAAUCAUGGUCGCACACCUCAUGUAGCCUAGCCCACAAUGGCCACUGGCUGCAAAAUGCAUGGAUUUUUAUAGGGGGCAUUAUGGACACAAAAAGGGGAUGACGCCGGGAAAUUCGAGGCAUUAUCAAGUGCUUGUCAAAUUGUGAAUAAUAAUAUAAAUAUAAAUAAAUAAUAUAAUAAUAAUAAAAUAAUGAGAGACUGAUGAAGUGUGUACAGCCUGCGCAAAAAAAACUAAGCAGAGCUCAUGCCUUUCAUGCAACUUUUUUCCAAUAAUCAUUAGUCGCAUCAUGCAAAACAUAUAGCCCAACGUUUGGAGAUCAACUAAAGUUACAUGAAUAACUCUAAAUGAAGCAUAUAGGAGUAUCUAUUUAUUUGUUAACCGCUUAACACAGAAUAGCCGCAUGUGCGCACUCCCUCAAAUCGUAUGGAGAAAAAUAUUCACCUUUGUUCAAUUGUAUUCUUCAUACUAUAAAAUAAUGCCACAGAAUUCUAAGCAAAUCUUGUCUGCUAAAUGAACUAGUGUUGCCCACGGCCAUAUGGCAUAGCCAGAUCAGGACCUGACGUAAGGACAACUCAGAGUAUGCUGUUCUGUUCUUCUGAAAUAGACUACAUUUUCUUUAUAUCAUGUUUCUUUAGACCUGUCUAAAAUAAAUAAUGGAUUUAUUGUUAAGGUGUAGGCUAUUUUACAUGGAUUUAUUAUACUGCUGAGUUGACAUUGCUCUCUCCUAUUGACCUAGUCGAGUGUGUUUCAACUUGCAAGGCAGAAGGAGACUACUAAGCAUACUACUUUUCUGUUGCAUCAGAAAACUGAUAUUCUCAAUUUAACUUACUAGCGAAGAAUUAAAUGCAUCAUAUUCUCCCUUUUCCACUAAGGUGCUCCAGAAAAAAAGAUAAGCCUCUUAACAAUGAGCCUGUCGCAGGCUGCGUCCCAACUGCUACACUAUGCCCUACAUACUGUAUUACUUUUGACCAGAGCCUUAGAUGGGGAAUAGGGUGCCAUUUGGGACAUAACACUGAGUGAACACCAACAAUAGACUGAGGAGCUUACAGCAUAGUGUAGUGACAGACAGAGUAAUGGGAGCAGGUCAUUUUCCAGGCGGAUUUGCAGCUGUUUGCGUUAUUCAUGAGUUUCCUCUUGCAUGUGUGUCUGAGUACCAUCCAGUGGAGGGAGUGGGGCUGUGUGUGUGUGUACAUUGUAAGAGUGUGUAUUGUUUCCAUUACAAGGCUGGGACUGUCAAGACUGACCUCAGAGAGAGAGAGCGAAAGAUCCCCUGACCACACACACACUCAAAAGCAUGCAUGCACACAUGGUUGUACGCACACAUACUCACACACAAAAACAACAAGUAGCCUACAGACACUACAACUAUGCACACACACUAACACACACUCCAUCCAGCACCACUGGCCAGUGUUCCCCCUCUGCAGAGGAAAUGUCUUAAUCGAGUCACAUCGGCAGUCAUUUACAAUAACAAAAUUUCACUCUGCAAAAGGCCUCACUGACUAGAUUAUAUUUAGUGGUGGAACAUUGUAUUAUAAUGACUGUGACUGACUGUGGUACAUGCUGUGCUGUGGAGAAAACACACUGGAGCGUAGCAGCACACAGAGACACAUGAUUGUGUUUGCUCUGAACACCACAUUAAAUGUUUUCAUUCUACGUGGAUACCAGUAUGUUCCUAAACACACUCAGAAAACAAGGCCUACAUAUUUUCUGUCAACUCAAAUCAAAUCAAAUUUUAUUUGCCACAUGAGCCGAAUACAACAGGUGUAGACAUUACAGUGAAAUGCUUACAGUGAGGGAAAAAAGUAUUUGAUCCCCUGCUGAUUUUGUACGUUUGCCCACUGACAAAUAAAUAAUCAGUCUAUAAUUUUAAUGGUAGGUUUAUUUGAACAGUGAGAGACAGAAUAACAACAAAAAAAUCCAGAAAACGCAUGUCAAAAAUGUUAUAAAUUGAUUUGCAUUUUAAUGAGGGAAAUAAGUAUUUGACCCCUCUGUAAAACAUGACUUAGUACUUGGUGGCAAAACCCUUGUUGGCAAUCACAGAGGUCAGACGUUUCUUGUAGUUGGCCACCAGGUUUGCACACAUCUCAGGAGGGAUUUUGUCCCACUCCUCUUUGCAGAUCUUCUCCAAGUCAUUAAGGUUUCGAGGCUGACGUUUGGCAACUCGAACCUUCAGCUUCCUUUCUAUGGGAUUAAGGUCUGGAGACUGGCUAGGCCACUCCAGGACCUUAAUGUGCUUCUUCUUGAGCCACUCCGUUGUUGCCUUGGCCGUGUGUUUUGGGUCAUUGUCAUCCACGACCCAUUUUCAAUGCCCUGGCUGAGGGAAGGAGGUUCUCACCCAAGAUUUGACGGUACAUGGCCCCGUCCAUCGUUCCUUUGAUGCGGUGAAGUUGUCCUGUCCCCUUAGCAGAAAAACACCCCCAAAGCAUAAUGUUUCCACCUCCAUGUUUUACAGUGGGGAUGGUGUUCUUGGGGUCAUAGGCAGCAUUCCUCCUCCUCCAAACACGGCGAGUUGAGUUGAUGCCAAAGAGCUCCAUUUUGUUUUCAUCUGACCACAACACUUUCACCCAGUUCUCCUCUGAAUAAUUCAGAUGUUCAUUGGCAAACUUCAGACGGCCCUGUAUAUGUGCUUUCUUGAGCAGGGGGACCUUGCGGGCGCUGCAGGAUUUCAGUCCUUCACGGCGUAGUGUGUUACCAAUUGUUUUCUUGGUGACUAUGGUCCCAGCUGCCUUGAGAUCAUUGACAAGAUCCUCCCGUGUAGUUCUGGGCUGAUUCCUCACCAUUCUCAUAAUCAUUGCAACUCCACGAGGUGAGAACUUGCAUGGAGCCCCAGGCCGAGGGAGAUUGACAGUUCUUUUGUGUUUCUUCCAUUUGCGAAUAAUCGCACCAACUGUUGUCACCUUCUCACCAAGCUGCUUGGCGAUGGUCUUGUAGCCCAUUCCAGCCUUGUGUAGGUCUACAAUCUUGUCCCUGACAUCCUUGGAGAGCUCUUUGGUCUUGGCCAUGGUGGAGAGUUUGGAAUCUGAUUGAUUGCUUCUGUGGACAGGUGUCUUUUAUACAGAUAACAAGCUGAGAUUAGGAGCACUCCCUUUAGGAGCACACUCUUAAUCUCAGCUCGUUACCUGUAUAAAAGACACCUGGGAGCCAGAAAUCUUUCUGAUUGAGAGGGGAUCAAAUACUUUUUUCCCUCACUGUACUUACAAGCCCUUAACCAACAAUGCAUUAAAAAAAUUAAGUUAAGUAAAACAAAUAAAAGCAAAUAACUAAAGAGGAGCAGUAAAAUAAAAUAACAGUAGGGAGGCUAUAUACAGGGGGGUACCGGUGCAGAGUCAAUGUGCGGGGGCACUGGCUAGUCGAGGUAAUUGAGGUAAUAUGUACAUGUGGGUAGAGUUAAAGUGACUAUGCAUAAAUAAUAGACAGAGUAGCAGCAGCGUAAAUUAGGGGGAUUGGGGGGGCAGUGCAAAUAGUCAGGGUAGCCAUGAUUAGCUGUUCAGGAGUCUUAUGGCUUGGGGGUAGAAGCUGUUGAGAAGCCUUUUGGACCUAGACUUGGCGCUCCGGUACCGCUUGCUGUGCGGUAGCAGAGAGAACAGUCUAUGACUAGGGUGGCUGGAGUCUUCGACAAUUUUGAGGGCCUUCCUCUGACACCGCCUGGUAUAGAGGUCCUGGAUGGCAGGAGGCUUGGCCCCAGUGUUGUACUGGGCCGUACGCACUACCCUCUGUAGUGCCUUGUGGUCGGAGGCCGAGCAGUUGCCAUACCAGGCGGUGAUGCAACCAGUCAGGAUGCUCUCGAUGGUGCAGCUGUAUAACUUUUUGAGGAUCUGAGGACCCAUGCCAAAUCUUUUCAGUCUCCUGAGGGGGAAUAGGCUGUUGUCAUGUUACGUUAAUGAUUAGGGAUAGCCUAGUUCAGCAAAACUAUUUAUAUACUUUGAAAGCAAUCUGUAGACAAGGUCGGGUAAACUGAAAACCACACUUUGGUUUAGCCACUGACACCAAUUGGUAAUAUUAGCAUUUUCAAACUAAAGUAAAUACUGAUUUAUAUUUUUGGUCCAUGCUAUCAGGGAUCCUUGGGAUGUCCCUACCCCGUUGAAAUGUAAAAUGGUUAAGGUUAGGUAAGGGUUAUGUUUAGGGUAGGAACGGCCCAAGGAUCCCGAAUAGCACUGACCAAUAUUUUUCUUCUCUCCAAACAGGAUCUGGUCAGAAAAGGGAUCCCCCAUCACUUCCGAGCGAUAGUAUGGCAGUUGCUAUGCAACGCCCAGAACAUGCCUAUCAAAGACCAGUACUCUGAGCUGCUGAAGAUGACAUCACCAUGUGAGAAGCUGAUUCGCCGGGACAUCGCCCGGACGUAUCCUGAGCAUGACUUCUUUAAGGAGGACAGCUUGGGACAGGAAGUACUCUUCAAUGUUAUGAAGGUGAAUGCAUCAUAGGUUGUUUUUUUUAUUACGGAAAAUUCCCACGAGAGAAUCCUCAAACCCGGAACUCUUCAACCAGGAUUUUUGAAAAGUUACCGGAAUUUUGCAACCCUAGUGCUUUGUUUGAAACCUAUACCCGCAACAGAUUGCUUUAGUGUGCUCUGGAGUUGGUUUAGCUGUUAGCGCUGGCGCCUUCAGCACAUACAGGUAACUGCCAAAAUAAUGACAACACUUGAGUAAAUUAGGGAUACAAAGUACUGUAUAUUGAAAGCAGGUGCUUCCACACAGGUGUGGUUCCUGAGUUAAUUAAACAAUUAAUAUCCCAUGCUUAAGGUCAUAUAUAGAAAUGCUGGGCAGGCCAUUAUUUUGGCUACCAUGGCUGUGCCCCCCAUAGGAUGGCAAUGCCCCCAUCCACAGGGCACAAGUAAUAUCUGAAUGGUUUGAUGAGCAUGAAAACGAUGUAAACCAUAUGCCAUGGCCGUCUCAGUCACCAGAUCUCAACCUAGUUGAACACUUAUGGGAGAUUCUGGCGCGGCGUUUGAGACAGCGUUUUCCACCACCAUCAACAAAACACCAAAUGAUAGAAUUUCUUGUGGAAGAAUGGUGUCGCAUCCCUCCAAUAGAGUUCCAGACACUUGUAGAAUCUUGAAGCUGUUCUGGCUCAUGGGAAAGGAGGGAUACCUAGUCAGUUGCACAACUGAAUGCAUUCAAAUGAAAUGUGUCUUCUGCAUUUAACCCAAAGGUGCGGGGGGCUGCCUUAAUCGACAUCCACAUAAUCAGCGCCCGGGGAUAAGUUGUUGUGGGGGUUAACUGCCUUGCUCAAGGGCAGAACAGCAGAUGGUGGCCCACCCUAUUAAGACACUUUAGGUUGGUGUUUCCUUUAUUUUGCCAGUUACCUGUAUAUAAUAUACUUAACUGGAAUGAAUCCUGGUCCUGUCUUUCGACACAUCUUUCCUGUCUGUCUCCUACAAUCUGUCCUAUUAGCCUGGUCCCAGAUCUGUUUGUGCUCUUGGCAGGAUAGCACAAACAGACUGGCAAUCAGUUUACGGUCCUGUCAAUAGAAGAUGAAGAACAAUAUUGCAUUAGAGCUGCUUAUUUUAUUCUUCAACCAGAGGCAGAAUUGUUCAAGAAAAGCUGUUUCUCAAAUAAAAUUCAAUGUAAUUUGUCACAUGCGCUGAACACAACAGGUGUAGACCAACAGGUGUAGACAUUGAAACUCUUUCCCAACGAUGCAUAAAUAAGAAAGAAAAUACACAAUAUAUACAUAAGUAUGUGGACACCCCUUCAAAUUAGUGGAUUCGGCUAUUUCAGCCACACCCGUUGCUGACCGGUGUAUAAAAUUGAGCACACAGCUAUGCAAUCUCCAUAGACAAACAUUGGCAGUAGAAUGACCUUACUGAAGAGCUCAGUGACUUUCAAUGUGGCACCGUCAUAGGAUGCCACCUUUCCAACAAGUCAGUUCGUAACAUUUCUGCCUUGCUAGAGCUGCCCCGGUCAACUGUAAAUGCUGCUAUUGUGAAGUGGAAACGUCUAGGAGCAACAAUGGCUCAGCCGCGAAGUGGUAGGCCACACAAGCUCACAGAACGGGACAGCUUGUCGCGACCGGGAGACCCAUGGGGCGGCGCACAAUUGGCCCAGCGCCGUUCAGGGUAGGGGAGGGUUUGGCCGGCAGGGAUGUUCUUUUCCCAUCGCGCACUAGUGACUCCUGUGGCGGGCCGGGCGCAGUGCACGCUGACUCGGUCGCCAGGUGUACGGUGUUCCCUCCGGCACAUUGGUGCGGCUGGCUUCCGGGUUAAGCGGGCACUGUGUCAAGAAGCAGUGCGGCUAGGUUGGGUUGUGUUUCGGAGGACGCACGACUCGACCUUUGCCUCUCCCGUGUCCAUAUGGGAGUUGCAGCGAUGGGAUAAGACUGUAACUACCAAUUGGAUACCACGAAAUUGGGGAGAAAACGGGGGUAAAAUACCAACAAAAUAAAAGAACGGGACCGCUGAGUGUUGAAGCGAUUUAACAAAUCGUCUGUCCUCGUUUGCAACACUCACGAGUUCCAAACUGCCUCUGGAAGCAACGUCAGCUCAAGAACUGUUCGUCGGCAGCUUCAUGAAAUGGGUGUCCAUGGCCAAGCAGCUGCACACAAGCCUGAGAUCACCAUGCGCAAUGCCAAGCGUCGGCUGGAGUAGUGUAAAGCUCGCCGCCAUUGGACUCUGGAGCAGUGGAAACGCGUUCUCUGGAGUGAUGAAUUACGCUUCACCAUCUGGCAGUCCGAUGGACGAAUCUGGGUUUGGUGGAUGCCAGGAGAACACUACCUGCCCGACUGCGUAGUGCCAACAGUAAAGUUUGGUGGAGGAGGAAUAAUGGUCUGGGGCUGUUUUUCAUGGUUCCGGCUAGGCCCCUUAGUUCCAGUGAAGGGAAAUCUUAACUCUCCAGCAUACAAUGACAUUCUAGACGAUUCUGUGCUUCCAACUUUGUGGCAACAGUUUGGGCAAGGCCCUUUCCUGUUUCAGCAUGACAAUGCCACCAUGCACAAAGCGAGGUCCAUACAGAAAUGGUUUGUCGAGAUCGGUGUGGAAGAACACCUUUGGGAUGAAUUGGAAGACUGGCUUAAUCAGUGCCCAACCUCAUUAAUGCUCUUGUGGCUGAAUGGAAGCAAGUCCACGCAGCAAUGUUCCAACAUCUAGUGGAAAGCCUUCCCAGAAGAGUGGAGGCUGUUAUAGCAGCAAAGGGGGGACCAACGUAUUAAUGCCCAUGAUUUUGGAACAUGUGUCCACAUACCUUUUGUAGUGUAUAUAAAAAAUGGAAACACAAUAGUUCUCAAUACAAUGGAGUUGUACAGUAGGUUCAGGGUGCAGAAUUUAAAUGGAGUCAGUAGCCCUACUUGGUGCUGAAUGCAGGGCUUGAAUGCAGGGCUUGAAUGCAGGGCAUGAAUACAGCUUGAAUACAGGGCAUGAACACAGAUUGAAUACAGGGCAGAAAGUGUUGAGUCCACAGUUACACCUUGAUCCUGGAAAACCGUAGCUGGACAGUUUCUUAUCUAGACCCAGGCUGCGUCCCAAAUGGCACUCUAUCCCCUAUAUAUUGCAUUACUUUUUGUCAAAAGUAGUGCACUAUGUAGGGAAUAGGUUGCCAUUUGGGAAUUGAGUUGCAGCCCCAAGUGCUUAGCUCUCCUCUCAUGACCAUGAUCCGAGGUCACUUCCUGUUCCUGUUGUCGCAGGCCUACUCUCUGGUGGACCGGGAGGUCGGCUACUGUCAGGGAAGUGCUUUCAUCGUCGGACUGCUGCUCAUGCAGGUAAUAAUGAUACUGUCUACCCCCCCCCCACACACACACACACACACACACACACACACACACACACACACACACACACACACACACACACACACACACGCUGUCUACCCCAUAGCCUCACUCACAUAGAAACAUGCUGUGUCAUGGGUCACAUGCAGCCUGCCACUACACACAUUGACAAAGACUCAUUAUAUUGAUCAGAGUACAUUUUCUGAGAGAGAACUGUGUACUGAGAGUUCAUGUGAUUAACUGAUUAAUGUGUAUUUUAUGUAUAUGAGGAAGACAUGUUUUGUUGAUGGUUUAAUUAAAUUGUGAAGUCUCUAAGGGCUGGUUUCCCAGACACAAAUUAAGCCUAGUCCUGGACAAAAAAAACUCAAUUGAAGGGAUAUUUUAGUCUAGGGCUUAAUCUGUGUCCGUGAAAACCGCCCUAAAUCGGUGUGGGUGUGUCUGUCCUCUAGUCUAGAUGGUGUUUGAAGAAGUAUUUUGUUGAAGGUUAAGUAAUCUGCUUGAUGAUCUCUAAGUGUUGUUUGGUGUGUGUCCCUGUCACCAGAUGCCAGAAGAGGAGGCGUUCUGUGUGUUUGUGAAACUGAUGCAGGACUAUAGACUGAGAGAACUGUUCAAACCCAGUAUGGCUGAGCUGGGACUCUGCAUGUACCAGUUUGAGUGUAUGAUCCAGGUAAGACCUGGCGUGGGUUCGAAACACGAUUGAAUGAAUGACAAACCUUUACAGAGCAAUAUUGAUGCACAGUUAGACUGUCCUUAGAAUUUACAUUUUUACAUUUACAUUUUUUAGUCAUUUAGCAGACGCUCUUAUCCAGAGCGACUUACAGUUAGUGAAUACAUAUCUUUUUUUUUUAUACUGGCCCCCCGUGGGAAUCGAGCCCACAACCCUGGCGUUGCAAACGCCAUGCUCUAUCAACUGAGCUACAUCCCUGCCGGCCAUUCCCUCCCCUACCCUGGACAACGCUGGGCCAAUUGUGCGCCGCCCAUGAGUCUCCCGGUCGCGGCCGGCUGCGACAGAGCCUGGAUUCGAACCAGGAUCUCAAAUGGCACAGUUAGCACUGCGAUGCAGUGCCUUAGACCACUGCGCCACUCAGGAGACUUAUGUUAGAAUGUUGAUUUACUGAGACAAUAUCAUGAAUAACAAUUUUAUAUUUAAAAAAAUAGCAGACGCUCUUAUCAUGACAAUCAGUCACUGUCAUGAUGGGUCAUACAAGGCAUUCGGAAAAUAUUCAGACCCUUUGACUUUUUCCACAUUUUGUUACGUUACAGCCUUAUUCUAAAAUCGAUUCAAUUGUUUAUUCCCCUUCAUCAAUCUACACACAAUACCCCAUAAUGACAAAGAAAAAAACAGGUUUUUAGCAAUUUUUGCAAAUGUACAAAAAAAAAACAACUGACCAGAUAAUCUUGUUUUUUAUGGUCUGGCCACUCUACUAUAAAGGCCUGAUUGGUGGAGUGCUGCAGAGAUGGUUGUCCUUCUGGAAGGUUCUCCCAUCUCCACAGAGGAACUCUGGAGCUCAGUCAGAGUGACCAUUGGGUUCUUAGUCACCUCCCUGACCAAUGCUCUUCUCCCCUGAUUGCUCAGUUUGGCCAGGCGGCAAGCUCUAGGAAGAGUCUUUGGUUCCAAACUUCUUCCAUUUAAGAAUGAUGGAGCCCACUGUGUUCUUGGGGACCUUCAAUGCUGCAGACAUUUUUUGGUACUCUUCCCCAGAUCUGUGCCUCGACACAAUCCUGUCUCGGAGCUCUACGGACAAUUCCUUCGACCUCAUGGCUUGGUUUUUGCUCUCCAAAAUGGAAACACAAUAGUUCUCAAUACAAUGGAGUUGUACAGUAGGUUCAUGGUGCAUAAUUUAAAUGGAGUCAGUAGCCCUGCUUGGUGCUGAAUGCAGGGCAUGAAUACAGGGCAUGAAUACAGAUUGAAUACAGGGCAGUCCACAGUUACACCUUGAUCCUGGGAAACCUUAGAUGGACAGUGUCUCAUCUAGACCCAGGCUUAUAUAGACAGGUGUGUGCCUUUCCAAAUCAUGUCCAAUCAAUUGAAUUUACCACAGGUGGACUCCAAUCAAGUUGUAGAAACAUCUCAAGGAUGAUCAAUGGAAACAGGAUGCACCUGAGCUCAAUUUCGAGUCUCAUAGCGAAGGGUCUGAAUACUUAUGUAAAUUCUAAAAACCUGUUUUCACUUUGUCAUUAUGGGGUAUUGUGUGUAGAUUGAUGAGGGGAAAUAUUAUGUAAUAUACAUUUUAGAAUAAGUCUGUAACGUAACAAAAUGUGUAAAAAGUUAUGUGUUUUAAUAUAUUAUUUAUCUCUCUCUCUCUCUCUCUCUCUCUUUCUCCCAACAUCCCCCUCUCUCCUUCAGGAACUUCUCCCAGACCUCCAUGUCCACUUCCAGGCCCAGAGUUUCCACACCUCUAUGUAUGCUUCUUCCUGGUUCCUCACGAUCUUCCUCACCUCAUUCCCUCUCCCUGUUGCCACCAGGAUCUUUGAUAUCUUCAUGUUAGAGGUGAGUCCAGUUAGGUGCAAUCCUCAUCCCUCAACUGUAUACCAAAACAAGUGGCACGGCUGCCAUUUUGCUGAAAACAAAUCUCAGAUUGUAGCUUUAAAGAACAUUUCUGAUUUACUCAUGUUUGACAAUCUACUUCAAGUGAGUCCAGAAUAUAGUUUGUAUUACAGCAAACACAACGGGCUGUGAGUAAAUGCAAGCAAUUGGCACCCUCUGGUGGCCUUGGCCAAAAGGACAUAACGUAAAAUCUUGUGGACUAAAAUUCAAUUUCACCUCGGUAACGCAGUGCAUCUUUUGUCGUAGGGUCUGAAGAUAGUGUUCCGUGUGUUACUAGAUAAUGUAAUGCUAUGAUCAUGCAAUGCUUGUCUCAGGGUCUAGAGAUAGUGUUCCGUGUGGGGCUGGCCAUCCUACAGAUGAACCAGGCAGAACUCAUACAGCUCGAUAUGGAGGGAAUGUUACAGGUAUGACUGAGCAGCCAUAACCAUUGGAAUAACAACUCUGUCUGAGUUAAUGCACACAAUUAUCAAUUCAAUAUACUUUUUUCAUCCCUGAGGGGCAAAUGUUACUAGCAGGCAUAAAAUACAUAAUCUGGUCCCAGAUCUGUUUGUUCUGUCGUGACAAUGACCAUAAGAGUUGGCAUAAACUGAUCUGGGACCAGGCAAUGGGAUACAGAUUGAAAGACAAACACACUUGAAGUUGCUUUAUUUGAGCAUGUCUGUCUGGUACUCACCCAUCGUCUUUCCCUGCUCUGCUGUAGUACUUUCAGAGGGUAAUUCCCCACCAGCUGGAAAGUGGACCAGACAAGGUCAUCCUGGCUGCUUAUAACGUCAAGUACAAUGCCAAGAAGAUGAAGAAGUGAGUAGUACGCUUCUGCUUGCUCUCUGGGGUCUAGGCCGGGUUACUGUAAAAGCACGUCUGUGACAACUGCAGAUGUAAUUGAUUGAUUUGGCCCUUGAGCUGUCAUGGCAACAGUAGUUACUGGAGAUGGAUGCUUGCUGCAAGUACAAGUGGUGCCAGUGCUCUGUAUUGAUGCUGUAUAACUCCUGUUUUCAGGUUAGAAAGGGAAUACACUGCAAUCAAAACUAAGGAGAUGGAGGAGCAGGUGGAGAUUAAGGUGAGUGGUGGAGUUUUUAGUUUGGCCGUAUUACCCAUGCACUCUUAUAGUCAUCACAUCAGUACAGCUCCAUUUGAUCAUUAUAAGCGGUUGAUCACUAUAACCGCCCUCCCUAAGUUGAGUGCACUGUACUUAAAAACCCAGUUGUGUAUGAUGUUUGGAAUAAUGAUCUUUUGUGUGUCCUUGUUUUGCAGAGGUUGCGCACAGAGAACAGACUGCUGAAACAGAGGAUAGACACACUGGAGAAAGUGAGUGAAAAGGAGGAGUUGAAAGAGGUUGUUACAAGUUGAACCGUGGCACUCCUUGCCAUCCUAUGUCAUGACACCAGUCAUAAUAAUAAGCCAUAUUAUACCAGUGGACCCUUGUCGUGGCUAUUCACACAACAAGACCAUAACCCCCCCUACAUACAUUAACCCAUCAAGUACUUGUUCAUGCAUCAUGUGUCUCUCGUUGGUCACUAAAGACACAUGGCAGAGUUGUUGUUACUAACUGGGCUGUGCUGGUGUGGGCUGUCUGUCCAAUGUCCAAUCACUGACGGGGAGAAUGAGUGUUGUCAGUGUGUAUCUUAUUGGAUAAAGGGAUCCUAGUUGGCUUUGGAAUGCAGGUCUUCCAUUGAGAUGCAUGUCUCAGUCUUGAGAUCCACACUCAGGACCAGGUAAGUCAAACUCUAAAACUGUAGCGGGCUGUGGAGCUCCACAAGGCUACAUUCUGGGGCUCUUUGUAAUUCCACCGGACACUAACUAACUAAAGCUGUAACUGUAAUACGCUUGAUGGGACUCACUGUGAGAGUGAUGGUUGUACACUCUAAGAUGAUGCAGAGGAGCACUGCAUGCCAGAGUACACGGCUGCCGUUGUUACGCAUGUUGUUUGGAUCGUCCGCUGUGUUUGUCAGAGCACAAAGAUACAGGCAUUGCCAGGACUGGUCAGAGCACCAGGACGCCAUGAAUGCGGCCUGGGCAGAGGACAGCCUCCGUAUCUGUCCCAAACGACCAGGCUCUGUCUGGGACAUAACCACUCACUCAUAUCACAGUAUCGCUUCAAACAACAGGAUGCAACUUCAUACCCAAAAUAUUAACUGGAAUGACUCAAAAGCUUCUAAAACGUAACCGUGUGGCACGAACCUAAAAAAGCAUGGCUUCAUCUAAACAACUGUUAUUGUGCUGUUUAUGGCUAACUUCUAAUGCUGCUUUUCCUCUUAGCCCUUUUUAGCCUUAUUAUUCUGCUUUGCCUGUCUGAAACUCAUCACCAUGUUGUCUGUCUUACCACCACCACCUAAUUCUAAUUUUUACCCCCCACAACCUUAUCACAGCGACUUAUCAUCACCACCACCCUUGAAGACCAUGUUCCUUUACUACCUCCGAAACUGGCUCAAUUACUAAGACACUAUGGGGCGAAUCCUAACUCCUCCCAUUGACAUCAAUGCAUGCAUGGCUAAGUGAAAAUAAACUGAAGUGGAAGUUAGGAUUUGUCUCAAAUUGUUAAUUAAUUACGUAUAGACUUAAUCGGUUGCCAAAAUGAUGGAGGAAGGACAAUGAAUAUUGAAUUUCCCUUUUAAAACAAAAUCAAGUGUUUUGUCAAUUUAUUUAGGUUAUAACUGUGUGUUAUUUGGUCUCUCUCUUGUGGAUAUUUCUGUUUUGUAGGAAAGUGCUUCCUUGGCAGAUAGAUUGAUCCAGGUAUAAACUUUAUUUUCUCUUCCUUUACCCCCCCACCCACCCCUCACGUUGCACUUUUCACCUCUCAGAUUUCUCUCUAUCUCAACAUAGCUUUUGCAUGCUCAUAAUUUUACCUUUAAAUGAUGGCACAAUAAAUUGUUUUUUGAUUACAGUAUUUUUUAAAUCAAUUAAUGUAAAAUGAGGACAUUGAAAUCAGAUCGCUUUGGCUAAAACUAAUCACCCAUAACAGCAUGCCCAAGUAUCUCGAACCAUGCCAAAAUAUAAAAUGCUUAGAGCUAUCAAUCAGAGUCAACCAAUGAGACUCAAUCAAAAACAUUUGCAGAGAAAUAAAACGGCAUGCGUUUCAAAACUACCAAUCCCACUUUUAUAUAAUCUUUGAUUUGCCCGUCCCUUCCGUCCAUCCCACCCCCGUGGUGCUCCCUGCUCAUCCUACCCCUCGGUUGGUUAUGUCCUAAAGGGACAAGUGACGCGUGCCCAGGAGGCAGAGGAGACCUACCUGGUCAUGCGGGAGCUGGCCACGGUCAGGCAGCAGAGCGGAGAGGCCACAGCUCAGCUGGAGCUAGCACAGAGCACCAUCAGGGAACUCCAGCAGAGACCCCUAUUGGUAAGGAGUAGCACAGUGCUCAAGUUGAAGGUCCAGUAUGGCUCAGUUGGUAGGUGAUCAGGGGCGUCAUGCACCCCACACAUCUGAGGGGGCACAAUGUGAGGAUGGCUGUGAGGAUAAGCUUAAUUCUAUGUAAAAAAUAUGUAUUUUUCUGCAUAUCUAAGCAUACCUCUUGAGCUGUCUGUAUCCUCCUGACUGGUGGUAAUUUUUUUUAAAGAAACAAAAAAUGCUUCUCUGCUAAAAUCUAGGCAAAAGAUUGAAAGGAAUGUGAGUCUUAUUCAGUACAUUUACUAAUUGCUUGCUUUUCUAAAGUCUACCAACCUUGCCAGUAGCAAGCUAGCUAAUCUAACUUGAUUUAUAGUCUGAAAUGGCUUCUUCUUGGUAGCCAGUUAUGAGGUCGGGAGAUAGGUUCCCAAUCUGGGCUAGUUAAAGCCAACUUCAUAUAUUUGAUAGGUGGCUAGUAGUAUUACAGAGAAACAACCAAAAUAUAUUUUUGUAUUUUAUUUUAAACAGGGCAGAUCUGAUGGGGAACGUGCACCUGUGCCGCCUAUGGGCAUGAUGCCUCUGGUGGUGAUGGAAAAGCAAGAGACACAUUUUUAGUAUGUGAAUGUAUGUACUCCCUGUACUGUAAAUUGUUUUGGAUUAAAGCGCCUUCUAAAUGGCACUUAUUACAGUGCCCCCAAUGGGAGGGAGGAUCACCAGGCCUGGCCAAUUGAAAUGUGUACGUUGCUUAGCAACAAAACUGCAGUCAGUGAUGGUGACAGUGGAUAUGGAUUCUCCCUACCUCUCCACUACAGAACACACUCGCUGUCUCGCACUCUCUCACUAUACAUAAUGAUCCUGUUUGCAUGCAUGACUUCAAAUCGGGACAUGCUGUUUGACGCAGUGCAGCUACCUUUUUCAGUCAUUAACAUACUCCCAGGAACGGAUUCAUGAAUUUAUAAGCAUCUGAUGUAUGGGUGUUCAAUGGAUGGUACCCCAGCCAGCAGGACCCUCUCUUGGUGCUGUAUAUCCAUUGGCCAAACAUACCCUUUUAAUAUUGAUAAGGUGAAACAUGUUGAGAUGAUAAUGUCUGCACUGCAGGGAAUGAAGCAGUGUUUUACAUAAUGUGCUGCUAUAUCCAUAAAACAUUUAUAAUGAGUUGGAAGAGGGAAGCUCAUUUGUUGUCCUCUGUGGAAAUCAACAGUGAAAUUGAGAAUAUGUUUUUGAAAGUGAAGUGCCAUACUACUUGGUGUAUUUUAGAGAGGUUGUUAACGGUGAGCAGUUGAACAAGAUACUACAGUACAAUACUACAGUAUGUUUGAUAUACACUACCGGUCAAAAGUUUUAGAACACCUACUCAUUCAAGAGUUUCUUUAUUUUUACAAUUUUCUACAUUGUAGAAUAAUAGUGAAGACAUUAAAACUAUGAAAUAACACAUAUGGAAUCAUGUAGUAACCAAAAGUGUUAAACAAAUCAACAUAUAUUUUAUAUUUGAGAUUCUUCAAAUAGCCACCCUUUGCCUUGAUGACAGCUUUGCACACUCUUGGCAUUCUCUCAACCAACUUCAUGAGGUAGUCACCUGGAAUGCAUUUCAAUUAACAGGUGUGCCUGCUUAAAAGUUAAUUUAAUGCGUUUGAGCCAAUCAGUUGUGUUGUGACAAGGUGGUGGGGGGGGGGGGGGGGGGGGUAUACAGAAGAUAGCCCUAUUUGGUAAAAGACCAAGUCCAUAUCAUGGCAAGAACAGCUCAAAUAAGCAAAGAGAAAUGACAGUCCAUCAUUACUUUAAGACAUGAAGGUCAGUCAAUACGGAACAUUUCAAGAACUUUGAAAGUUUCUUCAAGUGCAGUCGCAAAAACCAUCCAGCGCUAUGAUGAAACUGGCUCUCAUGAGGACUUGUAGUCAUGGCUCUAUGUAGUACUGUGCGCCUCCCUUAGUCUGUUCUGGACUUGGGGACUGUGAAGAGACCUCUGGUGGCAUGUCUUGUGGGGUAUGCAUGGGUGUCUGAGCUGUGUGCCAGUCAUUCAUACAGACAGCUCGGUGCUUUCAACAUGUCAACACCUCUCAGACACAAGCAGUGAUGAAGUAAAUCUCUCCUCCACUUUGAGCCAGGCGAGAUUGCCAUGCAUAUUAUUAUUGUUUGCUCUCUGUGUACAUCCAAGGGCCAGCCGUGCUGACCUGUUUUGAGCCAAUUGCAAUUUUCCUAAGUCCCUCUUUGUGGCACCUGACCACACGACUGAACAGUAGUCCAGGUGCGAUAAAACUAGAGCCUGUAGGACCUGCCUUGUUGAUAGUGCUGUUAAGAAGCUAGAGCAGCGCUUUAUUAUGGACAGACUUCUCCCCAUCUUAGCUACUGUUGUAUCAAUAUGUUUUGACCAUGACAGUUUACAAUCCAGGGUUAAUCCAAGCAAUUUAGUCACCUCAACUUGCUCAAUCUCCACAUUAUUUAUUACAAUAUUUAAUUGAGGUUUGGAGUUUAGUGAAUGAUUUGUUCCAAAUACAAUGCUUUUAGUUCUAGAAAUAUUUAGUACUAACUUAUUCCUUGCCACUCACUCUGAAACUAACUGCAACUCAACUUAAGUGUUGCAGUCAUUUCAGUCGCUGUAGUAGCUGACAUGUAUAGUGUUGAGUCAUCUGCAUACAUAGACACUUUGGCUUUACUCAAAGCCAGUGGCAUGUCAUUAGUAAAUAUUGAAAAAGUAAUGGGCCUAGACAGCUGCCCUGGGGAAUUCCUGAUUCUACCUGGAUUAUGUUGGAGAGGCUUCCAUUAAAGAACACCCUCUGUGUUCUGUUCGACAGGUAACUGUAUCCACAAUAGAGCAGGUGGAGUAAAGCCAUAACACAUACGUUUUUCCAGCAGCAGACUAUGAUCGAUAAUGUCAAAAGCCGCACUGAAGUCUAACAAUACAGCCCCCACAAUCUUUUUAUUAUCAAUUUCUCUCAGCCAAUCAUCAGUCAUUUGUGUAAGUGCUGUGCUUGUUGAAUGUCCUCUAUAAGCAUACUGAAAGUUUGCUGUCAAUUUGUUUACUGUAAAAUAGCAUUGUAUCUGGUCUAACACAAUUUUUUCCAAUAGUUUACUAAGGGUUGGUAUUAGGCUAAUUGGUAGGCUAUUUGAGCCAGUAAAGGGGGCUUUACUAUUCUUAGGUAGCGGAAUGACUUUUGCUUCCCUCCAAGCCUGGGGGCACACACAUUCUAGUAGGCUUAAAUGGAAAAUAUGGCAAAUAGGAGUGGCAAUAUCGUCCACUAUUAUCCUCAGAACCCGGUGGCUUGUCAUUGUUGAUAGACAAUACUUUUUUCAUUUCUUCCACACUCACUUUACGGAAUUCAAAAUUACAAUGUUUGUCUUUCAUAAUUUGGUCAGAUAUACUUGGAUGUGUAGUGUCAGCAAUUGUUGCUGGCAUGUCAUGCCUAAGUUUGCUAAUCUUGCCAAUGAAAAAAUCAUUAAAGUAGUUGACAAUAUCAGUUGGUUUUGUGAUGAAUUUCCCAAAAUUUCAUUUAAGGUGCUCCAAAGCUUUUUACUAUCAUUUUCUAUGUCAUUUAUCUUUGUUUCAUAGUGUAGUUUCUGCUUCUUUUUAUUCAGUUUAGUCACAUGAUUUUUCAAUUUGCAAUAUGUUUGCCAAUCGGUUGUACAGCCAGACUUAUUUGCAAUUCUUUUGCCUCAUCCCUCUCAACCAUACAAUUUUUCAAUUCCUCAUCAAUCCACAGGGAUUGGAAGACCCAGAGUUAUCUCUGCUGCAGAGGAUAAGUUCAUUAGCGUUACCAGCCUCAGAAAUUGCAGCCCAAAUAAAUGCUUCACAGAGUUCAAGUAACAGACACACCUCAACAUCAACUGUUCAGAGGAGACUGUGUGAAUCAGGCCUUCAUGGUUGAAUUGCUGCAAGUAACCACUACUAAAGGACACCAAUAAGAAGAAGAAGAGCUUGCUUGGGCCAAGAAACACGAGCAAUGGACAUUAGACCGGUGGAAAUAUGUCCUUUGGUCUGAAGUCCAAAUUGGAGAUUUUUGGUUCCAACUGCCAUGUCUUUGUGAAACGCGAUGUUAGUGAACGGAUGAUCUCCGCAUGUGUAUUUCCCACCGUAAAGCAUGGAGGAGGAGGUGUUAUGGUGUGGAGGUGCAUUACUGGUGACACUGUCUGUGAUUUAUUUAGAAUUCAAGGCACACUUAACCAGCAUGGCUUCCACAGCAUUCUGCAGCGAUACGCCAUCCCAUCUGGUUUGGGCUUAGUGGGACUAUCAUUUGUUUUUCAACAGGACAAUGACCCAACACACCUCCAGGCUGUGUAAGGGCUAUUUGACCAAGAAGGAGAGUGAUGGAGUGCUGCAUCAGAUGACCUGGCCUUCACAAUCCCCCGACCUCAACCAAAUUGAGAUGGUUUGGGAUGAGUCGGAUGGCAGAGUGAAGGAAAAGCAGCCAACAAGUGCUCAGCAUAUGUGGGAACUCCUUCAAGACUGUUGGAAAAGCAUUCCAGGUGAAGCUGGUUGAGAGAAUGCCAAGAGUGUGCAAAGCUGUCAUCAAGGCAAAGGGUGGCUAAUUGAAGUAUAAAAUAUAUUUUGAUUUGCUUAACACGUUUUUGGUUACUACAUGAUUCCAUAUGUGUUAUUUCAUAGUUUUGAUGUAUUCACUAUUAUUCUACAAUGUAAAAAAUAGUAAAAAUAAAGAAAAACCCUUGAAUGAGUAGGUGUUCUAAAGCUUUUCACUGGUAGUGUAUACCUGAGUGAAAAUGUAUAACACGUGAGGGAAAAAAGCAUUUGAUCCCCUGCUGAUUUUUUACGUUUGCCCACUGACAAAGACAUGAUCAGUCUAUAAUUUUAAUGGAAGGUUUAUUUGAACAGUGAGAGACAGAAUAACAACAACAAAAUCCAGAAAAACGCAUGUAAAAAAUUUAUAAAUUGAUUUGCAUUUGAAUGAGGGAAAUAAGUAUUUGACCCCUCUGCAAAACAUGACUUAGUACUUGGUGGCAAAACCCUUGUUGGCAAUCACAGAGGUCAGACGUUUCUUGUAGUUGGCCAAUAGAUUUGCACACAUCUCAGGAGGGAUUUUGUUCCACUCCUCUUUGCAGAUCUUCUCCAAGUCAUUAAGGUUUCGAGGCUGACGUUUGGCAACUCGAACCUUCAGCUCCCUCCACAGAUUUUCUAUGGGAUUAAGGCCUGGAGACUGGCUAGGCCAGUCCAGGACCUUAAUGUGCUUCUUCUUGAGCCACUCCUUUGUUGCCUUGGCCGUGUGUUUUGGGUCAUUGUCAUGCUGGAAUACCCAUCCACGACCCAUUUUCAAUGCCCUGGCUGAGGGAAGGAGGUUCUCACCCAAGAUUUGACGGUACAUGGCCCCGUCCAUCGUCCCUUUGAUGCGGUGAAGUUGUCCUGCCCCCUUAGCAGAAAAACACCCCCAAAGCAUAAUGUUUCCAUCUCCAUGUUUGAUGGUGGGGAUGGUGUUCUUGGGGUCAUAGGCAGCAUUCCUCCUCCUCCAAACACGGCGAGUUGAGUUGAUGCCAUAUAGCUCGAUUUUGGUCUCAUCUAACCACAACACUUUCACCCAGUUCUCCUCUGAAUCAUUCAGAUGUUCAUUGGCAAACUUCAGAUGGCCCUGUAUAUGUGCUUUCAUGUGCAGGGGGACCUUGCGGGCGCUGCAGGAUUUCAGUUCUUCAUGGCGUAGUGUGUUACCAAUUGUUUUCUUGGUGACUAUGGUCCCAGCUGCCUUGAGAUCAUUGACAAGAUCCUCCCGUGUAGUUCUGGGCUGAUUCCUCACCGUUCUCAUGAUCAUUGCAACUCCACGAGGUGAGAUCUUGCAUGGAGCCCCAGGCCGAGGGAGAUUGACAGUUAUUUUGUGUUUCUUCCAUUUGCGAAUAAUCGCACCAACUGUUGUCACCUUCUCACCAAGCUGCUUGGCGAUGGUCUUGUAGCCCAUUCCAGCCUUGUGUAGGUCUACAAUCUUGUCCCUGACAUCCUUGGAGAGCUCUUUGGUCUUGGCCAUGGUGGAGAGUUUGGAAUCUGAUUGAUUGCUUCUGUGGACAGGUGUCUUUUAUACAGGUAACAAGCUGAGAUUAGGAGCACUCCCUUUAAGAGUGUGCUCCUAAUCUCAGCUCGUUACCUGUAUAAAAGACACCUGGGAGCCAGAAAUCUUUCUGAUUGAGAGGGGGUCAAAUACUUAUUUCCCUCAUUAAAAUGCAAAUCAAUUUAUAACAUUUUUGACAUGUGUUUUUCUGGAUUUUUUUGUUGUUAUUCUGUCUCUCACUGUUCAAAUAAACCUACCAUUAAAAUUAUAGACUGAUCAUUUCUUUGUCAGUGGGCAAACGUACAAAAUCAGCAGGGGAUCAAAUACUUUUUUCCUCACUGUAUAUUGUUAUACAUUACAUAUAUAUUGUUUCGAAACAAUGUGUGUAUUGUAAUGUGAUUUUGAAGUAGGUAGUUAUGAAUUACCAGUUAUUUCAAGAUUCAACACAUUAUUCCCACUCAGACUAACCUUAAGGACACUAUGGGCUGGUUUCCCGGAGUCCGAUAAAGCUCUAGAUCUCUUCCUCACUCUCUCUCUCCUCUUCCUUCCUCUCUCCUCUUCCUUCCUCUCUCCUCUUCCUCUUUCUCCUCCCGCUUCCUCGCUACUGUAGAAGGGCAACCCGCUCUACACAGAGGAGUCCAUCCUGCAGUUGGAGAGAGAGCUGGUUCAGGCCAGGCUAAAGGAGGCUGAGUCCCAGUGUGCCCUCAAGGAGAUGCAAGACAAGAUCCUGGACAUAGAGAAGGUGUGUUAACUGGCUCAGACUGUCUAUCAUCAAUUCACUCACUGUCACAGUGCCUCCUAGUCCCAUACCUCUGUCAGGCAUUCCGUCUGGAAUAGGCAAACAUUGUGGGAUAUUGCAGAUAGAAAUGUCAUGACUAGAGCGGACGUGAUUCCUUUUCUACAUGUAGAGACUAGAGGUUUUUUCUACGUAAUAUAUUUAUAUCUGAAAAUUCCACAAUGUUGUGCCCUGCUGAACGCAUCCCUGGUAUUUUACUGUCCCUCUCCUGGUCCAUGACAUAAGCAUCCUGAAGUUGAGUCUUCUCAGUCAUUGUUUUGGUUGUGUCUGUGUUUCUGUCUGUCCCCCAGAGGAACACGUCCCUGCCAGAUGACACCAACGUGGUGCGGUUGCAGGAGGAGCUGAUAGCAGUGAAGCUGAGAGAGGCUGAAGCUGUGAUGGGGCUGAAGGAACUCAGACAACAGGUCAGAGACCUGGAGGAGCACUGGCAGGUGAGGACGAAAAUCUAUUCUCCACACCGUACACACACAUGGAAGAUUCAAACACACCAACACACUUUCCUUCUGUAGGUCUAUAGUGUAUUGAAACUGAUGAACUUAAAAUACAAUUUGAUAUGAGUGUGACUUGACUAUCUCAGCUGUACCAUGAGUAAUAAUAUAAUAAUAAUAUGCCAUUUAGCAGACGCUUUUAUCCAAAGCGACUUACAGUCGUGCGUGCAUACAUUUUUGUGUAUGGGUGGUCCCGGGGAUCGAACCCACUACCUUGGCGUUACAAGCGCCGUGCUCUACCAGCUGAGCUACAGAGGACCAUGUCCAAGACACAGCACUAAGAGACCCAUAGAUGAUUAAUAUGAUUAUACCGGAUAUAGAUGUUAAAUGUAUUUUUGUCAUCUUGCUCAAUCUCCAUGUGUGUAUGAGUUGAGGACUCAGCUAUUUUAGUUGCAUAACAUCUUUGGUUGACUGCGUGCUUCCCCCCUCUCCCCCUGCUCCUAUAGCGUCACCUGGCGCGUACGGCGGGCCGCUGGAAGGACAGCCCUAGGAAGAAUGCUGUGUCUGAGCUACAGGACGAGCUGAUGAGUGUCAGGCUACGGGAGGCUGAGGCCCAGGCAGAACUCAGAGAGACUCGUCAGAGGAUGAUGGAGCUGGAGACACAGGUCAGUAAGACAGACACAGUUCAGCCUUUGUAGAAAUAUUAGUAGUGUACCAGUUAUGGCUGUCAAAUGAUAAAAAUAAUGGAGUACAUUUUUGAAUUUGCUCAAAAUUGGCCCUAAACAAAGCUUUUCAGUAGGCCUACUCCCUCUUAUCAAUGUUCUUGAAGUUUUAACACUUGUGCACAGCACACACUCUCUCUGUCUCUUUCUCACACACGCACACACACACACAUACACACAGUGUUAAAGCUUCAGGCAUUCUAAAUGAUUGUGACUAUAGGAAAUAAUUACUGGCUCUAUGGGUACAAAGAACAAAGAGCUUUUAAACUUGUCCAGCAAUGUUAUGAAAACACUGUAACCAUCUGUACUGUUCAGAUAACUUUACACACAAAGGCCUCCACAAUCGCCCUCUCGCUGGGCGAGUUCGUUUUGUAUGGCCCGGUGCCCCGGGUGGGCGGAGUUUGUACAUUUUAGGCCAUUCCAUUGGUCUUUAAGUGAAAUCUCCACCCACCUGGGGCACCGGGCCAUAUAAAACGAACUCGCCCACUUGCUCCCGCUCUCUCACACAUCCUCUGUCUCACACACACACACGCACACACACAAUCAUACACACCCCACCUUUGAAGCAACUCUUUGAGAAGCCUAUCCCUUUUCAGUUCUUCCUGUGCCAUCCGCAUUUCUGCAUAGCCUAGUCAGUGGUCCAGUUAUCAGGUUGCUAGUUGGGUAACAUGACUAGAUAGCUAAACAAUGUUUGUUAUCAAAGUAAUUUAAAACGGCCCGCGACAUGCACACGAGUCCGCAGAAAAAAUUAAAAACAUAGCUCCGGUAAUAUUGGGCUUAACUUUGACAUGAUUUUGGUUAGAGGCACAAGGUCUUCAGCGAUGUAAAGGUGCUAGCAUUGACUGUAAUGCUAUGUAUUAUUUAUUACGUUAUUAGCCCAGAAAAUUGUUUGUGUUAUUACAUACAGCCGGGAAGAACUAUUGGCUAUCAGAGCGGCGGUAACUCACCAGCACUACCAGCAUUACGACCAGGAAUACGACUUUCUCGAAGCGGAUCCUUUGUUCGCACCCCCCAGGGCAAUUGAACUGAUUCCAGAGGCCGACCCAAAACAACGCCGGAGGAGAGGUACUUGGAGUGGCCUUCUAGUCCGACUUAGGAGGCGUGCACACCACCCACCGCUUCCGAGUAUAUUACUCGCUAAUGUUCAGUCUCUGGAUAAUAAAGUUGAUGAGCUCAGGGCGAGGGUUUCUUUCCAGAGAGACAUCAGGGAUUGUAACAUCCUCUGUUUCACGGAAACAUGGCUCUCUCGGGAUAUACUGUCCGAGUCGGUCCAGCCAGUUGAGUUCUCAGUUCAUUGCGCAGACAGGAAUAAAUAUCUCUCCGGGAAGCAGAAGGGCGGAGGUGUAUGUUUUAUGAUUAACGACUCAUGGUGUAGUUGUGAUAACAUACAGGAACUCAAGUCAUUUUGUUCAGCCGACCUAGAAUACCUCACAAUCAAAUCAAAUGGUUAUAGUCACAACCGUGUGUAUCCCCACUCAAGCCGAUACCACGACGGCCCUCAAAGAACUUCACUGGACUCUAUACAAACUGGAAACCACAUAUCCUGAGGCUGCAUUUAUUGUAGCUGGGGAUUUUAACAAAGCAAACUUGAGGAAAAGGUUGCUGAAGUUCUAUCAACACAUCGACUUUAGUACUCGCGCUGCUAAAACACUCGACCACUGCUUCUCCAACUUCCGGGAUGCAUACAAGGGCCUCCCCCGGCCCUCCUUUCGGCAAAUCUGACCACGACUCCAUUUUGCUCCUCCCUUCCUAUAGGCAGAAACUCAAACAGGAAGUACCCAUGCAUUCAACGCUGGUCUGACCAAUCGGAAUCCACGCUUCAAGAUUGUUUUGAUCACGCGGACUGGGAUAUUUUCCGGGUAGGUUCAAAUAAUAAUAUCGACGUAUAUACUGAUACGGUGACUGAGUUUAUCAGGAAGUGUAUAGGAGAUGUUGUACCCACUGUGACUAUUAAAACCUACCCUAACCAGAAACCGUGGAUAGAUGGCAGCAUUCGCGCAAACUGAAAGCGCGAAACACCACAUUUAACCACGGCAAGGUGACUGGGAAAAUGGCAGAAUACAAACAGUGUAGUUAUUCCCUCCGCAAUCAAAGAGGCAAAACGUCAGUAUAGGGACAAAGUGGAGUCGCAAUUCAUCGGCUCAGACACGAGGGUCUACAGACAAUCACAGACUACAAAAGGAAAACCAGCCACGUCGGGGACACCGACGUCUUGCUCCCGGACAAGCUAAACACCUUCUUCGCCCGCUUUGAGGAUAAUACAGUACCACCGACGCGGCCUGCUACCAAGGACUGUGGGCUCUCCUUCUCCAUGGCCGACGUCAGCAAGACUUUUAAGCGUGUUAACCCGCGCAUUGGCUGAUGGCCCAGAUGGCAUCCCUAGUCCCGUCCUCAGAGCAUGUGCAGACCAUCUGGCUGGUGUGUUUACAGACAUAUUCAAUCUCUCCCUAUCCCAGUUUGCUGUCCCCACAUGCUUCAAGAUGGCCACCAUUGUCCCUGUACCCAAGAAACCAAAGGUAACUGAACUAAAUGACUAUCGCCCCAUAGCACUCACUUCUGUCAUCAUGAAGUGCUUUGAGAGACUAGUCAAGGAUCAUAUCACCUCUAUCUUACCUGCCACCCUAGAUCCACUUAAAUUUGCUUACCGCCCCAAUAGAUCCACAGACUAUGCAAUUGCCAUCACACUGCACACUGCUCUAUCCCAUCUGGACAAGAGGAAUACCAUUGUAAGAAUGCUGUUCAUUGACUAUAGCUCAGCAUUAAACACCAUAGUACCCUCCAAGCUCAUCAUUAAGCUCUGGGCCCUGGGUCUGAACCCCGCCCUGUGCAACUGGGUCCUGGACUUCCUGACGGGCCUCCCCCAGGUGGUGAAGGUAGGUUACAACACCUCCACUUCGCUGAUCCUCAACACAAGGGUGUGUGCUCAGUCCCCUCCUGUACUCCCUGUUCACCCAUGACUGCAUGGCCAAGCACGCCUCCAACUUAAUCAUCAAGUUUGCAGACGACACAACAGUAGUAGGCUUGAUUACCAAUAAUGACGAGACAGCCUACAGGGAGGAGGUAAGGGCUCUGAGCGUGUGGUGCCAGGAAAAAUAACCUCUCACUCAAUGUCAACAAAACAAAGGAGAUGAUCGUGGACUUCAGGAAACAGCAGAGGGAACACCCCCCUAUCCACAUCGACGCGACCGCAGUGGAGAAGGUGGAAAGAUUCAAGUUCCUCGGCGUACACAUCACUGACAAACUGAAAUGGUCCACCCACAAAGACAGUGUUGUGAAGAAGGCGCAACAUCGCCUCUUCAACCUCAGGAGGCUGAAGAAAUUUGGCUUGGCACCUAGAACCCUCACAAACCUUUACAUAUGUACAAUUGAGAGCAUCCUGUCGGGCUGUAUCACCGCCUGGUACGGCAACUGCACCGCCCGCAACCGCAGGGCUCUCCAGAGGGUGGUGCGGUCUGCCCAACGCAUCACCGGUGGCAAACUACCAGCCCUCCAGGACACUUACAGCACCCGAUGUCACAGGAAGGCCAAAAGGAUCAUCACGGAGAACAACCACCUGAGCCACUGCCUGUUCACCCCGCUAUCGUCCAGAAGGCGAGGUCAGUACAGGUGCAUCAAAGCUGGGACCGAGAGACUGAAAAACAGCUUCUAUCUCAAGGCCAUCAGACUGUUAAAUAGCCUUCACUAGCACAUUAGAGGCUGCUGCUUAUAUACAUAGAUUAGAAAGCACUGGCCACUUUAAUAAAUGGAACACUAGUCACUUUAAUAAUGUUUACAUAUCUUGCAUCACUCAUCUCAUAUGUAUAUACUGUAUUCUAUACUAUUCUACUGUAUCUUAGUCUAUGCCGCUCUGACAUUGCUCGUCCAUAUAUUUAUUGAUAUAUUCUUAAUUCCAUUGCUUUACUUAGAUUUGUGUGUAUUGGGUAUAUGUUGUGAAAUUGUUAGAUAUUACUUGUUAGAUAUUACUGCACUGUUGGAGCUAGAAACACAAGGAUUUCACUACACCCGCAAUAACAUCUGCUAAACUCGUGUAUGUGACCAAUACAUUUGAUUUGAUUUGUUCCUUGUUGUGUUCUGCGCUUGAAAGGGUCCGUGCAGAAAUAUAUGCGCUUAAAAGGUUCCGUUCGGUGAAGAAAUGGAGUCGCGAUUAACGGCAUAAAAAAAUGUUAUGCUGAUAAACAUGUCAUGCAGCCCUAGUACCAAUGAAUCUUCACAUGCAUGUGUGGGAGUAGUCAAAUGGCCUCUUCUAUUGCCUUGUCCAACCACGAGGGGGCAGCAGAGGUACAUAUUCUUAACUGUCAAAGUAUCAGGCGCUCCCAUAAGGAUGUGUUGUAUUCAGAGUUGAAAAGGGCAAACCUUUUCAGUUACUACUUUCUAAUGUAGUAGGUGAACAAUGCCAUUUAGCAGAUACAAGCUAUAGAACUUGCUUUAAAUGGGUUGCCUCUUGUGAUAUAAUAGAAAUGUGUAAUGAGGAAACUGCCCCCUCCCAAUAUUUACCUUCCAUAUCCUUCCCCGCCGGCAGAACCAGAUCCAUAGCAACCAGCUGCGUCGGGCGGAGCAGGAGGGGCGGGGCUUUCAGGAGCGUGUGACUGUGCUGACGGCCCAGAAUAAGGGCCUACACGUUCAGCUGCAGGAGAUCAAACGCAAACAGGCGGAGAUUGAGUGCAAGGUAAGAAAGAGUCUGUCUGCUGUUGGGAUGACUAUAGCCAACCAGGUGAUUGGAUGCUUCUCCACUGAUACCCUAUACACACUUCUGAGUCGAACCAAGCUGAGACAAACUGAGCUGUACUGUGCUGGCCUGGUUAUGCAUCCACCAUAGUAGCGGGAACCAUACCGGAAAGGACAGUGUGAAAAGAAAAUACACUGUUUGGUUUGGGUCGGCAUGAUGGUGUGAAAAGGGUAUGAGUGUAUCAGCCCCACAAUCAGUCAAACUGGAAAUAUUGAAAACCUUGAGUUUGAGUUGUCAAAAUCAUCCUUUAUCUGAUCCAUUGCUUCUUGUUAAAAUCAGAUCUUCAGAGUCCCGGUUCUGAAGAGGGAAGCAGUUUGUUUUGCUUGACAUCUUCAGAUAACAUCUCUGUGCUGUUGAUGUUGUUAAACGUGUGUGUGUGUGUGUGUGUGUGUGUUUUAAACUGCUCUCUGCAGAUCAGCAACACCCCUUGUCUCUCGGGGAUUACUGCAGGAAUCAUACUAAACAACUGUUUCAGAAGGUUCAACAUUUGUGUUAAGUGUAGCACACAAAUGCACCCUGUUGUGACCCUGGGGCUUACAGUAUGUAAUGGCUGUCAACAUGUCUUUAAUAACACUCUCUAGAAACAUUACUUCAGUGGAGGUAAAAGCCAUUUGUUUGUGUGGCAGUUAGCCUAUCUUUUCUACAAUAAAGUCAACUCUGCGCCUCAAAUGGGAGACUCAUGGUGGUGUGCGAAUUAACAUUUCAUUUUCGGUGACACUCUGGCUUGACAUUGUUUGUUCAUUUGUUUGUUUCAGAACAAGGAGGAGGUGAUGGCGGUGAGGCUGAGAGAGGCUGACAACAUCGCUGCCAUGGCCGAGCUGCAGCAACAGAUCUCUGAACUGGAGAUACAGGUACAGUACUUAACCCGGCCUCCCUCCCUCACAGUCACACUAGCUUGGUGCUAGUACUUUUAAUCUAUAUUGACAGUCCUUCAUAGUCCAUGACUAGGCUUAAUUUAUGUCCAGUCCAUAGACUUCUCCUCACCAUAACCCACAGUUCAACACUCCAUACCCACUCCAACAUCUGAGCACACAGGCUAACUCUGAGUGCCUCAACUCUUGACACAGAGACGCCCCAUACGCCUAAAGGAAGGUUUACAGUUUAGAGCCUGUAUCUAUUUUAGUGUUCUUCAUUGAUGUGAGGAAGAAGGUGGGGUAUUUUUAAAGUGACAGUUUACUGCAGAGGUGAAAGGUGUGCCAAGAAACCAUGAUCAUCUCCAGGAAGGACAGUGUGACAUCUUAGUCUGGCAUAUCAUAUCAUAUAUCAUACCAAUCAUGCUCAUGCUUGAUUGGGUACUCUCGGUUAAACCAGAACUAAAAGCGUGUGUAAUUUGUUCAGAUAUUUUCACCUGUGUUUGUCAUCCGUCGAAGCAGUUUAAGCACCGCCUUCGCCCAAUGCUGAUACGUCCAAAUAACCUGAGACGAAAACCCAAGACCCAGAAUUAUACUAUUUCAACUAUAUAUUUGGAGAUUGAGAUCAACCUUUCUCUGAAAUACAGUGGGAAAAAAAAGUAUUUAGUCAGCCACCAAUUGUGCAAGUUCUCCCGCUUAAAAAGAUGAGAGAGGCCUGUAAUUUUCAUCAUACAUCAUACGUCAACUAUGACAGACAAAAUGAGAAAAGAAAAUCCAGAAAAUCACAUUGUAGGAUUUUCUAUGAAUUUAUUUGCAAAUUAUGGUGGAAAAUAAGUAUUUGGUCAAUAACAAAAGUUUCUCAAUACUUUGUUAUAUACCCUUUGUUGACAAUGACACAGGUCAAACGUUUUCUGUAAGUCUUCACAAGGUUUUCACACACUGUUGCUGGUAUUUUGGCCCAUUCCUCCAUGCAGAUCUCCUCUAGAGCAGUGAUGUUUUGGGACUGUCGCUGGGCAACACGGACUUUCAACUCCCUCCAAAUAUUUUCUAUGGGGUUGAGAUCUGGAGACUGGCUAGGCCACUCCAGGACCUUGAAAUGCUUCUUACGAAGCCACUCCUUCGUUGCCCAGGCGGUGUGUUUGGGAUCAUUGUCAUGCUGAAAGACCCAGCCACGUUUCAUCUUCAAUGCCCUUGCUGAUGGAAGGAGGUUUUCACUCAAAAUCUCACAUGGCCCCAUUCAUUCUUUCCUUUAAAUGGAUCAGUCGUCCUGGUCCCUUUGCAGAAAAACAGCCCCAAAGCAUGAUGUUUCCACCCCCAUGCUUCACAGUAGGUAUGGUGUUCUUUGGAUGCAACUCAGCAUUCUUUGUCCUCCAAACACGACGAGUUGAGUUUUUACCAAAAAGUUAUAUUUUGGUUUCAUCUGACCAUAUGACAUUCUCCCAGUCCUCUUCUGGAUCAUCCAAAUGCACUCUAGCAAACUUCAGACGGGCCUGGACAUGUACUGGCUUAAGCAGGGGGACACGUCUGGCACUGCAGGAUUUGAGUCCUUGGCGGCAUAGUGUGUUACUGAUGGUAGGCUUUGUUACUUUGGUCCCAGCUCUCUGCAGGUCAUUCACUAGGUCCCCCCGUGUGGUUCUGGGAUUUUUGCUCACCGUUCUUGUGAUCAUUUUGACCCCACGGGGUGAGAUCUUGCGUGGAGCCCCAGAUCGAGGGAGAUUAUCAGUGGUCUUCCAUUUCCUAAUAAUUGCUCCCACUGUUGAUUUCUUCAAACCAAGCUGCUUACCUAUUGCAGAUUCAGUCUUCCCAGCCUGGUGCAGGUCUACAAUUUUGAUUCUGGUGUCCUUUGACAGCUCUUUGGUCUUGGCCAUAGUGGAGUUUGGAGUGUGACUGUUUGAGGUUGUGGACAGGUGUCUUUUAUACUGAUAACAAGUUCAAACAGGUGCCAUUAAUACAGGUAACGAGUGGAGGACAGAGGAGCCUCUUAAAGAAGAAGUUACAGGUCUGUGAGAGCCAGAAAUCUUGCUUGUUUGUAGGUGACCAAAUACUUAUUUUCCACCAUAAUUUGCUAAUAAAUUCAUUAAUAAAAAAAAAAAUCUGGAUUUUUUUUUCUCAAUUUGUCUGUCAUAGUUGACGUGUACCUAUGAUGAAAAUUACAGGCCUCUCAUCUUUUUAAGUGGGAGAACUUGCGCAAUUGGUGGCUGACUAAAUACUUUUUUUCCCCCACUGUAACUGAACAUCAUUUGUACAGUCAGAAGAAAAUAUGGGUUAGUGUUUAAUGUAUUAGCAGCAGCUAAACAGAUUGUCUGCCAGUAGAAAAUAACCUAUGCAUUUCCUGUGCUAGUGAUUUGUCAGAUUAUUAAAGCCUCGGCGUGUCUCUUCAUAUCAUGCUGCGGUUCCUUAUCUAGUGUGGUGUUGGGGUCGUAUGCGUGUGGAACUAUACACAAUAUAACACUCUGUUAACUCUUAAGAUGCUUUGUAUAAAAGUGUCUGUGCCAAUUGACCAUAUUAUCGUUUUUCUCAUUACGGACAAAUAGCAAAAGUUUGGUUUCUUGAAUAUGAGCUGACUUUAGUCUUUCCAGUGAUAGUACAAUUUCUGUCAUGAGAAGACUGACAGAGAUUGCUUCAGUUCUUUCCAUCAACUCUGAGUCUGAAGAAAUGUUAAUGCAGAAGCUUUGAUGUCUCAGCCCGUCAAGUCAUUGUGUUGGUGUUUCAGAAACGUUCCCAUCACAGGUUAACUAAGUGUCAGACUAUCUGUCUGCUUUCUUCACACUAUUGGCCUACACAUAUACACCCUCUAAUAUACAUUUUAUACCAACAGUUAGCCUAUACCACAGAGUUAACUCAUCAAAACAUUUACAAGAAAUAGACAGCCUUAUAUGCAUUGUUAAGCAUCUUAAAUGUGAUAUUUUGAAGAACACACCAUUUUAAUCAGUGUCAAUUUACUUUUUCAAAACCAACAUCCCUUCCAUACUCACAGUGUAGUCAGGUGUUGUUACUAGGUGCUUCAACAACAACAGUGCAUCAACACCAGCGUUCACCACUACCGAGUACCGCCCCCCUCACUCUCACGUCGUGCUAUGAAACCAUGAUUUGCCUCUGAUGAUAAUCUCAAUCUUCACUAAACUGAGUUACUUUUUAAUCUAGCUGUUUCUGAGUAUGCUGUGCAUUGGAAGCUAAUAGUCUCUGCCAGACAGACAGAACAGGUAUUUUCCCUUCAUAUAACCACUUUGUGUGAGUCAGAGCCCAUGCCAUGUGGUGCCAGUGAUGAACUCUUGGUCUGUGGUUUGGGUACCUGGUUGCAGCUCUUAAGGUUGUGGGUAGAUGGCCUGUCUUACCUUAGCCCUCAGUCGCUCUGGUUAUAGACCCAGGGGUAAGAGUGCAAAAAAGCAAUGACUGAUAAAUUGCUGUCCACUGCAUUUAACACCUCCCAUAAAGAUCCAUAAAAGGUGUCUGAUGGCAUGCUAUAACAUGACAGAGGUUUGCUCUUUGUGAGCUGCGCCACAGUACAAGUUACUUUUUUCCAAAUCGUGAAUAAAGUGGGUACAAUCUCGCUCAACCUUAAACUUGGAGUCUUUGUGUGGUGCGUUAAACCAAUAAACAACGGAGGGUGGUUCACACACAAAAAUAGACAACUUCAGAAAGUCCUUUUUCUGUUUUUUUCUCCAAAUAGGAAUGCAUUAUGUGUAGCUUUAGUAAACUCAUCCAAUGAGUGCCGCCCACUUCUGCCCACUGUACCUUGCAGUGUUUCCCUUACCAUUGUAGUACUCUUACCUUGAAAAAGCCCCUGCGGCGGCCUGCCUACCUGAUAUUCCUCAAACUAAAACGUCAGUAUGGCCCACCUGCACUACUGCCCACUAUUGGAAAGUAUUCACAACACGCCAGUGAUGUCUAUAUUUAUUUAUGUUAUAUUUUCUUGAGGUAAAGAAUUUCACAAUUAUAGGUUCGCAAAGAACUUCCGGUACUAAACUACUGUAAAUAUAUCUGUAUCAAGAGGUAUAGAAAGAGCUCAAUCGAUAAAACUGAAUGUAUAGUCAAAUGGACAUCAGGGUUUUUACAUCCAUCGCUUUUGCAGUAUGAAAGUAGCUGAAUGUAUGUGUGACCCAUGAUAAUACCACAGCUCGGCUAUCUUCUUGUCAAGACAAGAAACCACUUCCUACUGUGAGGCGAAGACAAACUGACAGCUAGAACCAGAGGUGACAUGUUGGAGGCCUAUCUAUGAUUUUGUCAUUCUGCAUGCAUGAUAUGCUUACAGAUUUAGAUGUAUAUUUAGCAGGGGGCUUGAGAAUGUGCUGUUACAAAUUCAGUGGUUAUUAAAGGUUCCUCAUAGUGUUUUCGGACUCCUCUCCUGGUAAUUGUGUCUGCAGUUCUACAUGGUGGUUUGCUUUUACAUUUACAUUACAAAGAAAUGUGUCAUCUCCUUUGUCAUCAUUGCUUUUUGUCAAAAAGUCACAUUUCCUGUCUUAUGGUUUCUAUAGGUGUUUGGGUGUUUGUUUUUAACACUAAUAGAAUUAGUGUAACUAUUGUUAUUGGUAACUAUUGUUUUUUGGAUCGGACAUGAUAUGUCCGAUACGAGAUUGAUUCUGUGCAAUCUAACGCUACUCUACCAUAGCCAUAUAAACCAAGAUUGAUUGUAGAGAGAAAAAGCAUGAGACUGAACACGAGAUCUAACACCACUCUACCAUGGCCAUCUAAACCAUGCUGAAAUGCCCAUCUGUCAGAAUAGAGGGAAACAAGCCACCAUGUCACUAGCCAAAAGCAGUACGACGACAACCUCUGAGAGGUGUGGAAAGGCAAGUUGGCGUUUUUUGGGAUGAGUUUUGUCCUGGAGGUAGUAAAGUAGUACAGUAUAUAGGGAAUAGGGUGCCAUUUGGGAUGCACCCCAUAACUUAAAGACGUUUGAUGUGUCUGGCCACAACCCCUAACCACCUGGUGAUCCACACAGCUGAGUACGAGGACGUCUCGCUAACUGCCUCUCCCUUAUCGCUAGCUCUGUCAGGAGGGAGGCAGGGAUGGAGGAGGGGGGGGACCUCAACAAAAACACAGAUUCCAGGAAGAAUAGCUGCUUUUGUAGAGCUCACAUUGUCAGCUUGUCAGCAGCUUCUCAGGGGCCUAAGCCUACACUCUCAACCCUUACCUGACCACAGGAACUAUGAGUGUCGUAUAUAUUUUGAGGUGUUGGGUCCGACCGAGAUGGUUAACUCACCUCACUACCUCACCUCCCCCCACCCCUGCAUUUAACUUCUUCCCCUUUUUACCCUCUCCUGUUCCUGCGUUGCUGGUUGUGGUUAGCCUGAACCCUUCAGCCUGUGCCGGUGCCCCUCUCUCUCUCUCUCUGCUUAUAAACUCUCCCAGGCUUUAGACAGGAUUGAGUUGAGCUGUGUAUGGGGUAUGUGUGUUUGUCUCCUAUGGCUGCAGCUGUCUGCACUGAGGAGGGUAAACAGCACAUGUGUCAUGUUUGACAGUUAAACAUACGGUAGCUACUAGCCUCAUCCCCAGGGCCCAGAGAGGAUAACAACACAAACGACUAUAGCUACCUUGUGUUAGCUUAGCUAGGUUCCCCCAUUCAUCUAUGGCUUAGUCAACAGCCACUCUCUACAUACUGUAUAUUUUAUGAUGCUUCUGUGAUGCAAGUUUUCCAGUGAUGUGUAGCUAUAGUGUCUCUUGUCUGGUGGUAGUAGUUGUCUCCCUCUCUCUCUUCUACAUUUUUAGUUGAUCUACUGAAUAUUACAACAGUGCAACCCAACCUGGUCUUGUCAAGUUGCCCUUAUAACAAUUCAAGGUUGCCAACAUGUAAAGCAUCCGCGGUGACACAAACUUCUUAUCUCCUCUCCAGUGUUAUGAGUAGCUGAACAAUGAUAAGCUAUGUUUUAAGACGUGUUGUUUUCUGUUUGUUUCUACAGAAAGAAGAAGGGAAGGUCCAGGGCCAGCUGAACAACACCGACUCCAGUCAGUACAUCAGAGACCUGAAGGACCAGAUAGCUGAGCUAAAACAUGAGGUGAGUAGUUACAACAGGGGAAUACUGAACCGGGAGAAAAACAAACACGUUGGUAUCGGUUGUUUUCAGAGACGAUUUUGUUAGUUGAAUUUUUCAUGUGUUUUGCUCAGAUUUGUCUAUUUUGAAGCCAGCUGUAUGUUAGAAGUGUAAACUACGCCCAAAAGCUUCCUGCGCUGAGGGUGUUGAUUUACCAGCACACACCCCUCUCCUCUCACUCUCAUCUUCUAAAAGAUAACCCUAAAACCAACUACUCAACAUACUGAGAGAGGACCCAGAUUGAAUAGAAGAGUCUCAUAAUCUGCUUUUGCUCCUCUGUGUACACCACAGAUAGCUAUUCUCAUCAAUUGCUAGAUCAAGGAUUUAAAGGUUAUGAAUUUCAUCACAGAAAUAGAGGUCUACAGGAUCAGGAACAGAUCGUACAGAUUUGACGGUUUGACUUUGACACUAUCACUUCAGCAGAGUGGGCCAUCUUUGAUCAGAUUAGUGUCCUUCAAAUAAUACAAAGACCUGAUCAGACCUGAAUGAAGGGAUCCCUAGUAGGAUUAUAUGGGCAGACCCUGAUGUACCCUUUUAUUCUGUGUGUGGUGCAUGUGCGUGCAAUAUAUUGUAAUAUGACAUAUGGCACAUGACUCCACUCCAAGAGGCAAAAGAGGAAAGGGAGAAGCAAAUAUUUAAGCAAUAAGGCCCGAUGGGGUGUGGUAUAUGGCCAAUACACCACGGCUAAGGGCUGUUCUUUGCACGACGCAACGCGGAGUGCCCGGAUACAGCCCUUAGCCAUGUUUUAUUGGCCUUAUACCACAAACACCAGAGGUGUCUUAUUGCUAUUAUAAACUGGUUACCAACGUAAUUAGAGCAGUAAAAAUGUUUUGUCAUACCCGUGGUAUACGGUCUGAUAUACCACGGCUGUCAGCCAAUCAGCAUUGAGGGCUCGAACCAGCCAGUUUAUAUAUAUUUACAGUACCAGUCAAAGGUUUGGACAUACCUACUCAUUCAAGGGUUUUUAUUUUAUUUUUACUAUUUUCUACAUUGUAGAAUAAUAGUGAAGACAUCAAAACUAUGAAAUAACACAUGGAAUCAUCUAGUAACCAAAAAAGUGUUAAACAAAUCAAAAAUAUAUUUUAUAUUUGAGAUUCUUCAAAUAGCCAUCCUUUGCCUUGAUGACAGCUUUGCACACUCUUGGCAUUCUCUCAACCAGCUUCACCUGGAAUGCUUUUCCAACAGUCUUGUAGGAGUUCCCACAUAUGCUGAGCACUUAUUGGCUGCUUUUUCUUCACUCUGCUGUCCGACUCAUCCCAAACCAUCUCAAUUGGGUUGAGGUCGGGGGAUUGUGGAGGCCAGGUCAUCUGAUGCAGCACUCCAUCACUCUCCUUCUUGGUAAAAUAGCCCUUACACCGCCUGGAGGUGUGUUGGGUCAUUGUCCUGUUGAAAAACAAAUGAUAGUCCCACUAAGCCCAAACCAGAUAGUAUGACGUAUUGCUGCAGAAUGCUGUGGUAGCCAUGCUGGUUAAGUGUGCCUUGAAUUUUAAAUAAAUCACACAAAAAAAGACAGUGUCACCAGCAAAGCACCCCAACACCAUAACACCUCCUCCUCCAUGCUUUACAGUGGGAACUACACAUGCGAAGAUCAUCCGUUCACCCACACAGCAUCUCACAAAGACACGCGGUUGGAACCAAAAAUCUCCAGUUUGGACUCCAGACCAAAGUACAAAUUUCCACCUGUCUAAUGUCCAUUGCUCGUGUUUCUUGGCCUAAGCAGGUCUCUUCUUCUUAUUGGUGACCUUUUAGUAAUGGUUUCUUUGCAGCAAAUCGACCAUGAAGGCCUGAUUCAUACAGUCUCCUCUGAACAGUUGAUGUUGAGAUGUGUCUGUGACUUGAACUCUGAAGCAUUUAUUUGGGAUGCAAUUUCUGAGGCUGGUAACGCUAAUGAACUUAUCCUCUGCAGCAGAGGUAACUCUGGGUCUUCCAUUCCUGUGGCGGGCCUCAUGAGAGCCAGUUUCAUCAUAGCGCUUGAUGGUUUAUGCUACUGCACUUGAAGAAACUUUCAAAGUUCUUGAAAUGUUCCGUAUUGACUGAACUUCAUGUCUUAAAGUAAUGAUGGACUGUCGUUUCUCUUUGCUUAUUUGAGCUGUUCUUGCCAUAAUAUGGACUUGGUCUUUUACCAAAUAGGGCUAUCUUCUGUAUACCCCCUACCUAGUCACAACACAACUGAUUGGCUCAAACACAUUAAGAAGGAAAGAAAUUCCUCAAAUUAACUUUUAAGAAGGCACACCUGUUAAUUGAAAUGCAUUCCAGGUGACUACCUCAUGAAGCUGGUUGAGAGAAUGCCAAGAGUGUGCAAAGCUGUCCUCAAGGCAAAGGGUGGCUAUUUGAAGAAUCUCAAAUGUAAAAUAUAUUUUGAUUUGUUUAACACCUUUUUGGUUACUACAUGAUUCCAUAUGUGUUAUUUCAUAGUUUUGAUGUCUUCACUAUUAUUCUACAAUGUAAAAAAUAGUAAAAAUAGAGAAAAGCCCUUGAAUGAGUAGGUGUUCUAAAACUUUUGAUGGUAGUGUAUACACCACUCUUAUUGUGAGUAGAGUGGUAGAAAACGCCCCAGAAAAAAAAGAAAUCUAAGAAAAAAGCAACUUUUCUUCCAGCAAAUCAAUGCUUUACAUGGGAGGAUGUAGUCAGAUUUGUACCCUCUCCUAAAAAAAGAGGACAACAAAAGGCUGGUGGCUUGUGUUUAAACUGAGCUGCAUUAAAUCAUGCAGCGUGUCGCUCUGGGUCUCCUAUCCAGACAGUGCAGCCAGUCAGGCAAACAGUCAAGGCAGGCAGUCAGUUAGUCAGACAGUCAGACAGGCAGGCAGUCAGGCAGGCAAACAGUCCGGCAGUCAGUCAGACAGUCAGGCAGUCAGGCAGGCAGUCAGUUAGUCAGACAGGCAGGCAGUCAGUUAGUCAGACAGACAGACAGACAUGCAAGCAGGCAGAGCCAGUCGGUCAGAACAGAAUCCCUCCGCCUGCUCUCCUCUGGGCUGGACUUAGAUAUGCAUUCCAAAUGGCACCUUAUUCCCUUAAUAGUGCACUACAUUUGACCAAUGGCUGUUCAAACAUAGUGCACUGUUAAGGGAAUAGGGUGCCAUUUGGGAGACGUCCAGGGUCGGUGAAGGUGGUCAGGUCAGGGGGUGUUGGAGACGAAGGGGCGGCUGUGAAACUGUGAAUCAUGCUGAUCAUGCUGAUUGAAGCGUUGGUGGUGAGAGGUUCUAAAUGGCCUCAUAGCCAGGAUCUGGGUGUACAAACUCCUCCGCCUGACCCCCACGACCUGAGAGAUCUAAUCCUGGAAAUGCUGCAGUUAGCUGACAAUACUGACUAGACUACUGACAUUUUUUUAUUUGCACACAAAAUAUUAAAUUUGAUUAUAAGAAUCAAAAGACAAAAAAGUAGCAGGAGAGGUAAAAUAAGAGGUGAAUAUGCUAGUUGAUUCCAUUUCUGUCAAUGCAUAAUUAUUAGGCCUAAUUUAUGCAUUUCUUGGUGAUGAUAGAAGAGCAGUAGUGAGACCAAAGGAUCAGAGUAGAUGGACUUGGACCAAGAAGAAAAAGUGACACCACAGUUCAUUUCAAUCACACAUUCUCAUAAGAGAGUAUGGUUUCCAGUCAGCCACAGAGAGUUGAGCUAAACCAAAGUUGACUAAUCUCUCUCAGGAUCAAAAAUAAGAACGGCUCUUGGUUUUUAGCCCGGAUGUUUCUUUGCACACUUGCAUCAGUCAAGUUAACAGAUACAGUAGUUUCUAAUCACUGAUCUGUUUGUCCUUUUUUAACCCUCCCGUUGUCCUCGGAUCAAAAUGACCCGCCACUGUGUUGAACCAACUUUAAAGAAAGUCUCACUGCCUCCUUCUCACAAAUGAUCCAAAAGAAUUUAAAAAAAGGUUGGUUCAACACAGUGGCGGGUCAUUUUGACCCGAGGACAACGGGAGGGUUUUAAAAACAUUUAACAGAAAAAGGACUGGUAUUUGAGAAAAGUGACAAGUAACUAAAGUGUGUCUCUCUCCCUACAUGUCUGUCUUUGCGAGGCAGGCUGACCCAGGUGAGUUCUAGGCAGGGCAGGUGUGGUCCAGACCAAGCUUUUGACCUGACCUCCUUUAACCAUCUUUCACUGGUUUUGCAGCCUAUACCUAAUAUCUGAUGUGCUGUGGGGAUGGGGGGAGCAUGGUCAGUGAAUGAACACAUCAGAGGAGGCUAGUGGGAGGAGCUAUAGGAGGACAGGCUCAUUGUAAUGGCUGAAAUGGAAUAAAUGAAAAGGUAUCAAAUGCAUCAAACAUAUGGAAACAACAUGUUUCACUCAGUUCCAUUUAUUCCAUUCCAGCCAUUACAAUGAGCCCGUCCUCCUAUAGCUCCUCCCACCAGCCGCUUCUGGAACACGUCUACCCAAAUGAGUGUGAACGUGCCAGCUGCAUGUGUUUCGAAAUUAAUCUGUGUCUAAAUUUCAGAAAUUAUGUUUUCAUUGGUGUAGACCUCAUUGUCUUUGUUGUAGUUUGUGUGUGUGAUUUCUAUAAAGAUGAACAACUCUGAUGUUCUCAGGUGCUUCUCUCUUGGCAAUGUAUGGAUGUUUGAUUUAACAAUUCCCACUCAACAGUGUGUUUAUUUACAUGUCCCCAUUAUACAUGACUCUACAUGCUCCUCUUUUAAACGCCUCUCGUCUUUAUCCACAGAACCGCUGCCUAAAAGGCCAGAGGGGGAGCAACAUGUCCAAUCAGCCCGCUUUUGAUGGGAUCCACAUUGUCAAUCACUACAUACCAGACGACGAGUCGUACCACUCCUCGGACGAAGACGCAGGCGUAGGCAAGACCCCCUCCCACCUGGACCAUCAGCACAGCAGCAUCAGCCGCAUCAGGCUGCACCCCUCCCUGGGUCUUGGGGACACUGACAGUGAGGGGGAGGAUGAUGGGGAGGGUCUGGUUCUCUCUGUGCCUCCCACUGGCACCCACAAACACACCACCGUGUGACUGGGUGAUGAGCAACAUCGCUAGAUGCCUGGAGGCUGAUCAGGGCAGUUCUGAUCUGAUACAGUGGGACAGAGGGGCUGUCCAUGGUAGCAAGCCACUCCUCAGGAAAAUGGCGUCUGACUGUCUGUGGGACUCCAAUGUAGGAAGCUUCUUGGAAUGGAAGCUUAGAAUGGAAUGUGUGGUCUUUGUGACGUCGUAGCAGAAUCACACCUGUGGUGGAGUUGGUUGUUUUCUUAGUGUUUUGCAUCAGUCAGUCUGCUUUACUCUUGUUUUGCCAAAACACGCCUGAAAAGGAUCAUAUCAAUGUGUUGCUCUGGUCUGGACCCCAGGCAGGCAGAUCAGAGAAGGACAACAUGGAGGUUCAAGUAGCUUCCUGAGCUCCACGGAGCCAGGCUGACCACCAGGGGAGUGGAUGGGGGUUUACCCCAUCCAAAGUGACCACACCCAGGCAACCAAACUAUGGGCACUCCCUCAGCCCCACAACCAUCCAUGAUACAACAGACACAACAGAGACUGUGCAAUAAAAUGUGUUAUGCUUGAUGAUGACUGACAGUUCUUUCAAUCAGUUUUUAUUUUUUUAUCGCUUUUUUAAGUGAACCAUCAAAAAUGUAUAGAGCCCUUUUGUGUGGGUGUCUCUAUUUAUCAGGAGAGAAUAAUGUACUGAAGAGUGAUGAAUGUCUCUAUUGAACAUGGUUAAUGAGCCCCAGUAUCAAACAGAAACGGUG